AUGGGUUCAGUACGAGGUAAUAAAUGUCAAGGAGUGCAGGAGAAUAUAGAUGUAGUCUGUUCUGUUCCCUGGUCUCAAGGAUCUGUUUGCUACACAAUGACAAUGCUGAUUUUCCCUUUAGUCAUUGCUCUUAGUCCUCUGUGGUUUGAUAGGCCAGCACAUAGCUCUCAGGAGUCUUUGGUGCCUUCAGUUGUCCUUGAUAGAGGGUCACAUGCCCUGUCUUGCUCCCAUAGAAGUUUACAUCGAGGCCAGAAUUCAGCAUUCUCAGGGUUUCUGUUCUUAAUGUAUUUCACACUUGAUCAAACUAUCAUAUGUAGUUAAUAAUGAGCUUUCAAAAAGUUAAUAAUGGGCUUUCAAAAAGUGUGAGGCAUAGGACUUCUGGGUUAGCGCCUCUGGCAAUGGCGGAUUUCCUCUGAUUGGGAGGAAUCCGCUCCGUGAGAAUUAGGGUCUGGACUGCCGCGGCGAGGCGGAGACCCACUAAAAACCACAGGCAGGAGAAGCCUGUGGACGUGGGAUUCGGCUGGCACCUUUUGCGCCUCCCCUACUCGCGGGGAAACCCGGUUUCGGGGAUCCGGAGCGACGUGGGGUGAAUGGCACGGUGCUUCAAAUCGACUGCUCUUUUCACGGAGUGAAGCCGCAUUGCUGUUGCCGGAGAGCGCUGACUUUUUCCUGUGGACAAUUGGAUUUGAAACAACUGCCCGUGAGUAGAACGGAAAAUUGGACUAUGAAAAUUUCUUAAUUCUCACCGAAGCGGAAAGGUCUAAACAGGAAGUCCGCCUUCCGCUUUUGUAAAUAGAUUGAAGCAAAGACACGGCAAGCUAGAGUCUGGAAAGUCGUUUGUAAAGGAUUAAAUUUUCAUCAUUUAAAACUACUGAACCCCCCUUGGAAGUAGGAGAAGAGGGGGGAACCUUUUUUAGACUGUCUAAACCUGCAGAAGAGAGAGUAAAGAAAGGUAAAUUUCCACCCUCUUGAACCUGGGAGCGGGGUGUCAGGACAGACAUUUUUUAAAGAGGACAAAGAUAUUGUCAAGUUGGAGUCUCCCCGAGUGAAAGGAAGGAAAUUAAGAAUAAGAUCAGCAGAAGACAAAGUAAAGUACAGGUAUAAACAUGAAGAAGACCUGUGGAAGGGACAUGGAAAAGACUUAAGAGCCUCGGAUACAAGGUCACCAGGUUGAUGGACUAGAUGGAUGGGAUAGAAAGGACUGACAAAACCCGAGACCAGGAAGAAGAGACGAUGGAUGAAGAUUGGAAGAAAGUUUUAAAAAUUUAUUUAGAAAAUUAUCGUAAAAUUAAUGAGUAUUAGAAAAAUGUUGGAAUGAAAUUAUUUGGCUUUAGCAGAAAUGUUAAAAAUAAUUAUGUAAGAAUAUGCUUUGGUUAAAAGAAUUUGGUAUAAAUAAGAUUUAAGUUUUAAGCUUUAGGGUUUUUUAUGGUAAGAUAAGGUUAAAAUAGAUUAAGGUAAUUUAAUGACAGAAUAUUGUGAAAGAUGGAAAGGAUUUGCUGAGAUAAUUAACAACUAGAAUACAAAAAGGGAGGUGUGAGGAGGUCGAUGAAAUAAGUUAAUGAAAGUUAAGGAUUUGGGAAUAUUGGAUUUGUUUUUAAAUUUUUUGUUUAUUUUUGCUUUUUGAUUUUGAUGUAUUGUGUGUUUUGUUUUCUCUUUUUGAUUUUGGUUUGUAUUGAUUUGUAUUGUUUAAUUGUUAUUUUUAUCUACCUUUUUAUUUCUUUUUAUUUCUUUUUCUCUUUCUCUUGAUUUUUCCUUCCUUCUUUUCUCUUUGUAAUUUUAAAAUUCUCAAUAAAUAUCAUUUAAAAAAACAACAACAAAAAGUGUGAGGCAUAGACAGGAAUCAAGGCAAAGCUAUUCUAAGGCAAUAUUAACACUAUUUCUGUAAUAUUUACUUUCUAACUGUCAUGUGGUACAGCUUGUUAACAAAUUAUGCAUGUUUUGUUAGACAAUAAGAACUCAACUACUGUAUUUAUCCUGAUUUACAACAAGAAAAUAUACUCUCUGGUCAUUUAAACUAUUAUGAGUUGUUUUAUCACAAAUUUACUGCCUGGUGUUUCAAAUAGAAGAACUUCAUUCACUUUGUAAAAGAAAUAUUGUAAGGAGCUUUCGCGAACAGAGUAAUUGUAAAGAGCAGUGUUUUUAAACUCUAAAGCUUUCUGUCUUUCUAUCUGUCACCUUGUGCUUAAAUCAGCAAAUUCAAGCUUUAUGCCAGGUCAAAAAUAGAAACCCCAUGCAGGAAAAUCCCACAAAGAUUUGUUCGAAAUAGGUCAGAAUACCAAAUUAUGCUCCCAUUGUGUGAUACUCGGAAUCUUAAAACUUCAAAACACAAAAAGGGAGCUACUCAGAAGAAUCAAAUUGCUCCCUAAUAAUGGCUCAUGUUCUUAAAAGACCCCUUCGGUUUUUUGAUUCCUUUUCAUGCCUUUGCUUUCCUUUGCAAUACCACCAACCACCUUAGCAUUUAAGAACAGACCUAGAGAAAAAGAAAUAAUUACUUUUAGCAAAAUUACUUUAAAAAAAGCAACUUCAGUGAAAUGAUGGGAGACUGUCUAGGAACUGCAUGCAUGCUGCUAUGGGUUUCGCGAUGAAAAAAAGGUGGGCUGUUAAUGUACAAAAUAAAUAAAUGCAGUGUGGCCUGAGGGACUGAGCUCUAGUCAGGUCAUGCACAAGAAGAUGCAUACCUUCCAAGUGUCCCGAUUUUCCAGGGACAGUGUUAUGUACUAAGCUUGGAUCCUAGAACAAUAGGCAGGUAGGAUCCUGGAAUGCAACAACUGAUUGGCCUGCAGGAGGAGACCAAUCAGGCUCCAGGCGGGAAGCAGAAUCAGCCAAUCAGACAGGACUCAUUGUGUAAAUAAUGUAUAUAAAGGCCUGAGGUUUGGGGAGGGAAAUUCAAUCACUGUUUUACAAGCUGCAAUAAAGAGCAUGAAAUCACUGCAGGACUCUGAGUAUAUUUCAGACAGUCUCAGAAUUACGAAAGCCAUCCUGGCUUCUGAUUUGAUCCCAGAAUGUCCCUAUUUCCCCUGCCAGUGAUGCCUCCGCCAAGCUUAGGGAGGAGGAUGAAGUGGUGCUUACACUGAGCGUUGGUGGCAGUGGCUACAAGGGAGCAUCCCAUUGUCUCUCCAUGGCUGCCGCUGCCCUGGAAAGAAUUGUGCUGUGUUCCAUUGGUUUAGUGGUGUUGGCGCCGCCCUUCCACUAGUAGAAAAUGCUGGGGGGGGCAAAAUGGGGGGGGGAGUCAAUGAGGGCCAGUUGUCUGGGAAUGAUAACUCCAGCGGGGCCAGCAACAGAAACACAGAAGCCAAAUGUCUCUAUUUCCAUCUGAGGAAUGUUGGAGGUUAUGGAAGAUUGGGGAAAUGAUCUGGUAAGAUGCAGGCCACAUGUCAAAUAACAACUCCCCCCCCCAAAAAAAAUGCCUUCUGGAUUUGAAAGUAUUUCAGUUUUGAAUGCUCUUUCCUGUAGACCCAAGCCCUGCAGAUGGAACAGUAGAGCAGGGAGAAAGGUUCUAUGCCAAAUCUUUGGUUACUGUGCUGUUUAGUUUUUGACACAGAGGAGCAGUUAAGAAUUUGACCAUCUGCCUGCAGUCUGAAGUGCUACCAUCCAUUCUAUGAGCAGAACGCUUGAACAUUUCCACUGGAGAGGUGGGUUUUGAUAGGGAGUUUGAAGGAAAAGUGGGAUGUGCAUGCACUUACCAUUUUUGUAGUCAAUCUGGAACAUCCUACAUCAGUACAGAGACUUGUCUCAUGAGCCAAGGCAGUAGAAUUAUGUUUGUUUUUAAAUGUGUCAUCUUCAUAGUAGAAAUAAUUCCUGUGUCCUUAGCUAGUAUAUCAGCCUGCAGGUGAUUGGUAAGAUAUUUGAAAGUGGAUGCACUUAACUGUUUUCAGAAUCAAGUAGCAAACAUCCUAUCUUCUGGAUUCAAGGUAUUAUGAAGCAGCAGAAUGGUGGCUCUGUAGAGUUUGAUCACAGGCUAUGUUUCUUUGACUUCAGGUUGGCUUCAUGAACUAGGAAAACGUUUGGAGUCUCCCUACCUUGGCAAUAAUACAUCAGGAGGCCCAUCCCUCAGAAGUGCCUAUAUUGCUGCCCUCUACUUCACCCUCAGCAGCCUCACCAGCGUUGGGUUUGGUAACGUCUCAGCCAACACUGAUGCUGAAAAGAUUUUUUCCAUUUGCACAAUGCUUAUAGGGGGUAAGUAAACCUAUUAAGUGCAGAAGGGAGAACCUGGGGUGGGGGUGGGGGUAGGAAUGCAGUAGUUCAGAACUAUGGUGCAUGCAACAGCACCAUGAAGGGUUAAUAAUUGUAGGAGCAGCAUGCAUGUGCCUUCCAGAGUCAGCAUAGGAAGAAGAACCCUUAGCGGUUGUCAUUACUAGUGAUAGGACUGGUUGAAGUCAUUUUAUUGAAAUUCCAUUUGUAAAUAGCAGUGUCUGUUCUUAUUAAAAGUCUGGGAACAACUCUAAUUUUCUAUUAAAGUAACAACAUUGGGCCAGGGGUGAGGGAAUAUUUUCAGUUCAUACUUCAGUACAAAUUAAACCAAAUUCUAAAUAGUAAACUAAUCAAUGAUGCCUUUUUAAAGCAAGGCUGAGGUUCGUCAGAAAACAUUAUAAAAAAACGCAUUUUGUUAUGUAUUAGGCUGUAAGAUUGACAACAUUGCAGCUUAACUAAUUAAGCCAUGCAAAUUUCACACCACACAGCUGUGAUUGUUGUAGUUAUUGUCUAGUGAAGCAUUAAUAUUCAUCGUGCAGCACAGAACUUUAGACUCCAUCCUUAAAAAGCAAGAGUUUGGGGCAUGCUACAGAUAAACAAGUUGUUGUUGUUGUUGUUACUAUUGUUAAGUAAAUUUCUAUACUGCCCUUUAUCCGAAGAUCACAGGGAAGUUUGCAAUACAAAAACACAAACAUACAUUUGAUAAUAACAAAAACAAUACACACACACACACACAGAGAGAGAGAGAGAGAGAGAGAGAGAGAGAGUUUAAAUGCUCAUAAAUUGUUUAAUUAGCCAAAAGGCCUCGUGGAAAAGGAAAGAUUUUGCCUGGUGCCUAUAAAUAUGUAACAAAGGUACCAGGUGGGCUUCUCUGGGGAGAGCAUUCUACAAGUGGGGAGCCACUGCAGAAAAGGCCCAUUCUCGUGUUGGCACUCUCAAGACCUCUUGUGGAGCAGGCACACAAAGAAGGAUCCCAGAUAAUGAUCCCAGGUCCAGAACUGUUCAUAUGAGGAGAGGCAGUCCUUGAGGUAUUGUGGUCCUGAGCUGUUGAGACUUUAUAGGUCAAAAGGAGCACUUUGAAUUGGACCCAGAAACUAAUUGGCAGCCAGUGCAGUCUGGCCAGCAUUGGUGUUAUAUUCUAAAGCCAUCUUGCCACAGUGAGCAGCUUGGCCACUGAAUUCUGCACCAGCUGAAGUUUCCAAACCAUCUUCAGAGGCAGUCCACAUACUACAUACUACAGUAAUCUAAUCUAGAGGUUAUCAGAGCAUAGACAGAAGUUAGGCUAUCCCUGUCCAGACAGGAAUGCAGCUCUGCCCACCAGCCAAAGCUGACAGAAGGCACAGAGGUGAUCAUACAGGGUGACCAAAGCAGUUUCUGUGCCAAAACCAGGCCUAAACCCUGAUUGAAAUGGAUCUAGAAAAUCAGUUUCCUCCAAGCGCUCCUGAACUUGGUCCAUGACCACCAGCUCAAGAACCUUGCCCAAGAAGGGGAGACUGGCAACUGACCGAUAAUUACUUAGAUUUUCCAAAUGCAGGGAAGAUUUAUUGAGGAGUGGAAUUACUACUGCCUCUUUCAAGCAGGCAAGGACCACCCCCUCUCGCAAGGAGGCAAUCACCUCCCUAGCCCAGCUAGCUGUCCCCUCCCUCCUAGUUUUUAUCAGCCAAUAGACACAAGAGACCAGAGUGCAAGGUGCAGAACAAUACAAGCACCGUGUCCACAUCCUCAAGCCUUACUCACUGAAACUCAUCCAACACAACAUCCCUAAUACUGAUGGGUCAUUGCCCUCUUCUCAGCAGCUGUACCCUUAAAUUACAUGUUGUUGUUGUUUAGUCAUUUAGUCGUUUAGUCGUGUCCGACUCUUCGUGACCCAUGGACCAGAGCACGCCAGGCCCUCCUGUCUUCCACUGCCUCCCACAGUUUGGUCAAACUCAUGCUGGUAGCUUUGAGAACACUGUCCAACCAUCUCAUCCUCUGUCGUCCCCUUCUCCUUGUGCCCUCCAUCUUUCCCAACAUCAGGGUCUUUUCCAGGGAGUCUUUUCUUUUCAUGAGGUGGCCAAAGUAUUGGAGCCUCAGCUUCAGGAUCUGUCCUUCCAGUGAGCACUCAGGGCUGAUUUCCUUAAGAAUGGAUAGGUUUGAUCUUCUUGCAGUCCAUGGGACUCUCAAGAGUCUCCUCCAGCACCAUAAUUCAAAAGCAUCAAUUCUUCGGCGAUCAGCCUUCUUUAUGGUCCAGCUCUCAUUUCCAUACAUCACUACUGGGAAAACAAUACCUUUAACUAUACGGACCUUUGUUUUGUUCAAAUCUUGCUUUGGACCCACUCUGCAUGGCUGUGAUCUUAAGUUCAGCAGCGCUCAUGUCCCACCAUGAGUAAAAGGAGAACCCAACAACCUAGAGCUUGCUGAAUACAAUAUAGAUAUACAAAAAGAAAAAACAAACAAACCUGAGUUAGCACUGGAAAAGAAAGUUGCUGCUAUCAAAUAUCACACUGAAUUAAAUCUACUAAUAACCUAUUAUGUAAAGCCGCUUGUGAUAUUGAACUGAUUGUCCUAGAUUUGGUGCUGAAUGUUUAUCAUUACCUAAUGUUCACUCCAGACCUAGCCUGCAUGGCUGUUCUCUGUUAUAACUUCCUCAUUAAGUAGGAAUUGAAAAGCUGACAGUGUGAGAUAUUCUCAACACUGAGGAAAAUAUUCAUGCGAAAAGGAGGGGGGCUGGGGAAUGAGGAAAAACAGUCUUCCUUCCAGCUGUAUUAAUAUCCCUGUUCUGUUUUGAAAACAAAUAGCUGUGAUUAUAAUCAGCUGAAAGAGGAGCAGUGUCUUAUUAAUUAGAUGAGUAAUUUAGAUGUGAUUUACUCUCAUAAUUAGCUAAGCAAAACCUAUAAUAAUAUUAAUGUAAGGGAAGUGAGCAGAAUGGAACUGGUCACUGGGGACGUAGUUAGGAAAUAGUCAAGAAGAAAUCCAAGUUACUCUCAGGUACAUUUUUCUGACUGGAUCUCAAUGGCAAAACUCACAUUAAUUCUAAUAGGCUGAGAUCACUGUUUAAAAUGCCAUGGAGUGCAGUUUACUAAAUUAGAAAUAACCUUAAUUCUUUUUGCUAUGGAUAAGGAACACAUAUUAUGUUGUUUAAAAUAGUAAGAUUUUUUAUUUUAAAAAAACCAAUAACAAUAUUCUAGGAACAUAAAAUAUAUUCUUUCAGUUUUAGUUCUCUCUGUGGACUACAGUUAUUAUCUGGGUCAGGAAUGUAAUGUAGAAGCAAGAAAGAAUUUUCAUUUGUUGGGGGGUGGGGAAGUAGUGGCAGCAUAUGCCAGGAAAGAGAAAGAUAGUUUGAAAAAUCUUUAUGUUAUAAGAUUUGGAAAAAAUAUUAGCUCUUCAAUGUAUUCACCCAACAGAUCUGGGGGUUUAGAUUCUGCUGCCAAACAUUUCCAAGUGGGAACUGUGCAACAUGCAGAAGUACCAGCAUAAAAGCAAACUGAAAGUUUUAUUACAGGUUCAAAUUAUAGGUCAGCUGAGCAAAUGUAUACGUAGCAUAUAGUAGAUUUUAAUUCUCCAGCCUUUAUCUUCAUUUUGCUCUCUUGUGAGACAGAUUUGCAAGAUGCAUUCUGCAUAUACUGACUUCCUGGUGUUUUAAUAAUAUUCAUGAAUGUCCUCUGGUUUUUAGUAUGUUUUAAACUGAAAUAUCACAAAAGCAUUUAUGAAUCUCUACAUUUUCCAAACUGCUUUCUCAGCAGAGCAGAGCAGAGCUAGUCAUUGAUUCUCACUAUCAAACUUACUUUAUUCAUUCCGGAUCAUUUGCUGCUCGCCUUUUAUUAUGUUGCCAUCAUUAAUGAGCAAGUUCUUUCUUUCUUUUCUGUAACUCCAGCAUCAGUUUUGGCAACAGUGGGGUCUCUUUUCUGCUUCAGUAUGGUUUCUCUCUUUUACAGCUUUGAUGCAUGCCUUGGUGUUUGGUAAUGUGACUGCUAUUAUUCAAAGGAUGUACUCCAGGUGGUCCCUUUAUCACACAAGAACCAAGGACCUGAAGGAUUUCAUAAGGGUCCAUCACCUACCACAGCAGUUAAAGCAAAGGAUGCUUGAAUAUUUCCAAACCACCUGGUCUGUCAAUAACGGAAUAGAUUCCAAUGAGGUAAUCAGAGUCUUUCUAGCUAUAAAUUCUUAAAUCAACAAUGUCGGUGAUGUUUUAGUUUGCCAUUUGGUGACAUUGUAUUUCUGGAACAAUCUUACUUGUAUGCAUAGGGUGGUAUCCAGCAUUCUCUGUCCACUAGUGAGAGGGUUAGGUGACAGGUGAGUUUUAAUGUUGCGCAACUGAGGAAUUCAGCGCAACAAUUGUGUUAGCAGAAACUCCCUGUGGAACAGAUUGAGCAACCAAUUGCGUGAACCAGUUAGGGAAGCUUUUAACCAAUUUAGGGAAGCUUUUAAGGUUUAAUAGGUUAUUGUAUUUUAGUGUUUUGUUGGAAGCCACCCAGAGUGGCUGGGGAAACCCAGCCAGAUGGACGGGGUAUAAAUAAAUUAUUAUUAUUAUUAUUAUUAUUAUUAUUAUUAUUAUUGUUAUUGUUGUUGUUAUUAUUGUUAUUAUUGUUAUUAUUAUUAUUAUUACCAGGUGCCUCCCGCAACCCAUGACCGUCUCCCCAAUAAACAUACAAGAUGGCAAUAUGUUUGGUCAAUUUAGGUCACAACUUCAUGGAUUACGGAUGUAGAAGUUUGGCAUAGGCGUUGGGUAUAACUGUUGAACCACCAGCCCACCUGCUGGGGUAUACCUGUUAAGGUAUCAACCUGGGACGAAGGGGGCCUAUGACACACAUCAAGUAGGGACCCCUUGUGGGGUUGCUGCUCUGAGGAGUGCUAUGGCCCUAGCCCCUGCCUGGGCAUCUGAUUCCUUCUGGAUCCCUUUAACAGGAUACCUCUGAAUACAUAAACUUGUGAGUUCAAAGCUAACUUUGUUGCACAGGUGCAUUUACCUUCAAUGCUUUUGUGGAAGGUGCCUCAAGCAACUUCCAUGAUCUAGCCAGGAAAUAGCAGGUGGAUUGGGGUGGAGCCUGAAGGCCACUCCGCCCUGCCCCUAGGGUGGAGCCAGCUGAUUAGCCUGCCCAUGGUAGGCCAAUUAUUGGGCAGGGUACUAUUCAGUUCCCAGGCCAGCGUGAGGCACAUUUGGUGGUCAGCUAGCCUGGGGAAACCCCUCAUUAGUUGCUCUCGGCUGGAUCAAGGAGCAACAAAGUUAGCUUUGCAUUCACAUUUCAGCCCCUCGAGCUGAACUUUUUCAGAAACUUUUUCAGCUCUGUAUUUUGUUUAAAGGUGAUGUGACCACAAACGUACACAGUAUUUCAAGUGUGAUCACACAGUUGACUUUGUAAAAUGACAAAUAGAGGAGCUAAAUGGAUAAAGGUGUAGAUUUACUGAAAUUUAACAGGAAACUUUAUCCCCCUUUCUGGAUAGCUUUUAAAGGACUUUCCUGAUGAGCUGCGCUCUGACAUCACCAUGCACUUGAACAAGGAGAUUCUGCAGCUGUCCCUUUUUGAGUGUGCCAGCCGCGGGUGCCUCAGGUCUCUGUCUCUGCAUAUCAAAACCUCCUUUUGUGCUCCUGGGGAGUACCUCCUCCGGCAGGGAGAUGCCUUGCAGGCUAUCUAUUUUGUGUGCUCAGGUUCCAUGGAAGUUCUAAAAGAUAGCAUGGUGCUGGCAAUUCUAGGUAAGUUCUUGGAUGUGCUCUACUAUUGCCAGACGGAGAGUGAAGUUAAAAAAAAUAUAUGGGUAGAGCAAUCAAAACUAUAUGAUGUCUCCAUGAUAUAUAUACCAAGGUAAACUAUGCUGGUGUGACUUACUGUUCCAAACUCUGUUCAGCUGAGGGUCUACUAGUGGUUGAGCCAACCCAAGCCAGAUUUUAAAAUAGCAUGAUUUAGACAUUUCACCAAGACAUUUUACCACCCUUUCUGCCAUUAUGGCUUCUGCUCAGUUGCUAGGUCAUGUGACCAAGCUGAAUGGAGUUUGGAAUAGGAUUACAUUUUCCCCUAUACCAUCCUAUCCUUUGGAAUGCUCCUUUCUCAGGAUGAGUUGAAUGAGCCCUGGCUGAGCCAGAAUUCAGGAUUUAAAUUGGCGUAUCUCUGGUUGAGCCCAGACUCAUCCAAAGUUUGGCCUAUUCCAAACUCUGCUCAUCUUGGCAGAUCUUGGGUUCGGUUGCUCCUUCAAGAUACCCUUGAUCAUUGUUAGCUGAUAGAUCCAGUUGUGUCCACUCUAGUAAGAGCAAGAACUGCUGUGCUGAACCUGUGCCCCGGUAAGUUUGGCUUGUGUGACCUUUGCAACCCAUGCCAGCUACAAAGAAAUGGUAGGUAUGAUUCAUACUACUGUCUAAGGAUUUUUCAUUGGGAUGCUAGUGUACUUUGGCAUUCGUUGAAUGCAUCCGAUGAAUUUAACCUGCAAUAAAACUUACCUUGGCGCAUGGGAAACAGCAGCAAAAGUGAGUUUCUGGGCCUUGGAAUAGUGGAGAGAGGAUGAGGCAGUGGUGGUGGCUUGCAAAAAAUGAAGCAUGCAGGGGUGCUUGCUUUUGUGAGUGCCCCUACACCAGGCAUAUCCAAAGUCCGCUUCGGGGGCUAAAUCAGGCCCACCAGUCGCUUUAAUCUGGCCCCUGGGGCAGUUUAUUUCCUGGGGUAAAAUCCUAAAAAAAGCUCAACAACUUUGGGUGGCCCUUUCGGGCGGCCCUCAUACAUGUUCACUUCAUCAAAUCUGGCUCUCCUUGGAAAAUUUUUGGAUCCUCUAGUUCACAAAGUAAGUGCAUGCAUUUCCCAGUCUCCUGUUCCUCCUCUCCAUUUAUUUCAGUGGAGUUGGGCCAAUGUGAGCCCCAUUGUGUGCAUGUAUUGGCUCAUUCCAUUGUUUUGAACAGGGGAGAUUGCACAUGCAGGAGAACCAUGUUUAAGGGUAAGCAGGUGUGGCUCUAGAUCACUUGUUAAAAGUGGGAAGGUUUGAAUAGGGAAAUCCUUUCCCCAGUCAGAUAUAGAGUGUAAUUCUUAGAAUAACUAAUAAUUUCCAGAAUUACUUCAAGCACAAAAAAAUGCUUUAUUCUUAUUUUAUAUUCUACCACCAAACAGGGAGUACAUAUGGCAAUGAAUACAACGCCAUGCUAUACCAAACCAUCCCCAUGUAAAAUGCCAAUAUGAUCUUUGAGCAAAAUUCAGAAUACUGAAAUUUUCUUAUACCUAAGAAUUUCUGCUUUGGUUAUGGAAGAGGGUAUUUAAUAACAGUUAAUCUGUGUUUCUUUGCAAAAUGCCUUUCUUUCAGUCGAGGUAGGAAAAGCAGAGAUAUAAGAAGUAAUGACAGUUCCAACUGCAAAGCAAAAAACAUGGCAUUUCAAUUUAUUUUACACUGAGCUUCAACUAGAUUGUAACAGAAUACACCUGAGUGAAGCAAUUACAAAAUUGGAACUAUUAGUGUGUGCACCAUAGAAGUCAGCAGCUUUGUGCUAUUCAUACUAUCAUCCUUACUGACUCCUCCUAUUAUUAUUAAUUCCCAGAAUUCCCAGAGCCACUAGUUUCAACUUACUUACAGAAGCUUAAUAGUUCUGAAUAUUUGUAUCUGGGUCCCUGUGUAUUCCGCACGAUCUGUUUAAGCUGUUCUCUGUUUCUAAGCAAAGUCGAAAAUUCGUUCAUGAGUAAUAUUGCUCUCCUCUUUCGUAUUUUCUUUUAGGUAAAGGAGAUUUAAUUGGAGCAAAUCUCUCAAUUAAGGACCAAGUGAUUAAAACAAACGCUGAUGUGAAAGCCCUAACCUACUGUGACCUCCAGUGUAUAAUUCUCAAAGGACUCUUUGAAGUAUUAGACCUUUACCCAGAAUAUGCUCACAAGUUUGUUGAAGAAAUUCAGCAUGAUCUCACAUAUAAUCUUCGGGAAGGCCAUGAAAGUGAUGUAAGUAGAUUUAAUAGGACUACAGUUACUUCCAGCUUUAAAAUUAGCUCUUGUGUUUCAGCAGUUCUUCAUACGUACAUCAGGGUAAAAAUAUAUGUAUAGUGUUCAUUUUUCAAAUGAAUUCUGCUUGGGUCCAACUUAACAAUUCAGACACAGCUUAAUCAAAAUUAUUGAUAAUGAAUUAUAGGUCUGAUACAAAUUACUCUAUGCUUCUAUAUAAAUUAUUCCUUUGGUGUGGGUUUUGUCCUUGUGCGCUUAUAUUUUCAAAUAUUUGCUAGUCCUGCUAAACCUUAAUCCAAAGUAACAUUAAACCAUUUCUAUUUUACAUCCUAAGUAAGAGUUAAUUCUCACUGCAAUUUAAUAUAGUUUAGAGAGUUGUUUCAGUUUUUAAUACAAGAAAAUGUUGCCAACAUACAUACACAAGGGAGAAUUGCAAUUUAUGAUGGCUCUUAAGGUGAACUGAACUCUACAAGCCCUAAAAGAGCAGGGGUCUGUUGAGAGUUCUCCACACAUGAUCAUUAAUGGGCUUAUUUUCAGAGCUAAGGUAUAUGAACUACAACAGUGAAUAAAACCCACUAGGCAGAGAAAAGCCAUGCAUCAAAAGUUCAAGAGUUGUAUGCAUGCCUUUUAUUUUUCAUCUAAUGAAACUAAACACUGCAAUCCCUAGAUCUUAGAGAUUUCUUCCUAGCGCCCAAGGAAUAAUGCAACCAUUUUUCUAAUACACUAGAACCUGUCAAUUCAUGCCGUGAAAUAUUUGGAACGCUCCUAUCUGCACAUCCUAGAAACUCUGUGCUUUCUUCACAUUGUGCUUUUUUGGGGAGAAAAACAGUUUUUCCCACCUUACCCCACAUAGUCCUUAAUAUAGUGAACAUCUUAAGGUUGGCUCUGAGAACAAUGUGUCUUUCUGCUUCUGUGGCUUUAUUCCUCACCUCUUUGGUAAAUCUCAAACAGCAAGAUUGUGUGGGAGGGGCAGAUGUCAUGAUUUCAUGACUACCACCCCUAUGGAAUUGUGACACUGGCAUAGAAAGUAAUUGUUCUUCCCCACAAGAUACCACUUAGGCUCAGAGGUGGAGCUAGCUGCCCAGGGGCAGGGCAAGUGUCCCAGGGGAGUGGGGCGGCGAUGUCACCCCCUCAGGGAUGACACCCAGGGCGAGCCGCACCCACCACACACCCCUUCCUCCGCCAGUGCUUAGGCUGCAAUCCUAAUUCCAUUUACCUGGGAGUAAGCCCCAUUGAAUUCAAUACAGCAUAAUCCUAACCAUGAAUAACCAGAAAUUAGUCACUAACUUGCAUAAGUAAGUAACGACGACCUAGCUCACAGAUUUGUUGCAAGGCCAAGGUGUCCUGAUACGAGAGCAAAGUUAUCGGAGCUAUCUAUGCUGAACUUUAAUUAGAUUUUUGUGAAGUUUCCUGUUGUUUAGGUUCCUCUCAGGCAUUUGUAGCUGAGAACGUAUUUGCAUAAACUAAUUGGCUAGAUCAACACCUGUGGGAUGCUUCGCAUGUUACACUUGUAACAGGGGACACAUUAAAGACCUCUGUUCAGCACCUGCUAAACCGAAAGCCAGUAACAGAUUUCCGUAGUAUUUUUUCAUGGUAUAUAUAUGAGCUGAGAAAAAUAUGUGUGUGCUGCAAACACACCUGUAUAUGCUGCAGACAUCAUGGUUUAGGAGGUACACAAUGUGUGCCCAUAAAAACCGUGGUGUGUGAAGCAACACAAAGUGACUAUACAUCAAUAUGAUUUGCUGAGAUUGAGCUGAAAUUUCUCAGAAGACAUGGUUCAGGAGAUGCUCUUAAUUAAACCCCACCUCCUGUUUAUUACAUACACACACCUGAAAUUUUCCCAGAAUAUGUUCACCAUUACUUUAUGGCGAAUGCCAUUUUCCAAUCCUGCUCCAAUGACCUGGAAUGAUACUAAACCUGGGGCAUAAUGAAUGAUUCAGAAUGGUGAGCAGACUGGCAGAAUAAUUGUUGUUGCUGUUACUUGCUGUGAUAGCCUCCUAAAUAAAUAAAUAAAAAAGAUUUAGGAGGAAAAGAAGGAAGCUGGGCUGCUACUACUGCUUGUGAUGAGUCCAACCCCUGUGAAAUUGUUAGAUAUAUUUUCCUCCCCUUGGAGAAAUUCGAUGAAUACUGUCUCUUCCAAAAAAAAUAGGGUGGGGAAUUUUGAACACAGCUCCCAACACGAAGCAUAGCUGCUGGUUCCUGAGAGGCUCAGGGAGUUUGGCGCAGUGCAGGCAUGGUGGCAGGAAUGGAGGAUUGGCUCUGCCACUGUGCUCACACCAUGCUGAGAGCUCUGCCCUUCAACCCUCUAAGGAACCAACCUUGGAAGGGCAGAUAAGCAACCCCAUUGACCUCUACUGGUUCAUAUAUGGUGCAUCCAGGAGCAGAUAUGCCCCAGUGGAAGUUCCCAGCAUAGGAAAUGACAAGUGAGGACAACUGGUUAUUUUUUAAAGGGGCUAAAUGAAAUGUUUCAUCUUAUUUGCAGUUGGAUGAAUGGGGAGGACAGUGUCCAAAGUCCGUUUUGGGGGCCUAAUUCAGCCCACCAGUCAAUUUAAUCCGGCCCCCACAUCAGUAUAUGUUCUGGGGUAAAAUCCUAAAGAAAUCUCAGCAACUUUGGUCGGCCCUCAUGCAUGUUCACUUCAUCACAUCUGGCCCUCUUUGAAAAAAGUUUGGUCACCUGUGGUGUAAUGGCACAAGAACCCUAAGAAUUGGAAAUCCACCUACAAUUGCUUCAAUAUUUAAUAAAACUAGAACAAUCUGUCUAUCUAGUGUUCUGCAAUACACAGUAGAGUUCUAAUGGAUAGUCAACAUAGUCUUUCUGCUUCUUCUCUACUCCUAAAUCUAACUCUUAAUACUACUUCCUUAAUAUGCAUACAAAAAGAACAGUCAUGUGCACAACAGCAGAGACAAUUACUACCCUAUGUAGUAUAAAUAUUAUUGCAAGAGAAUAACUCAUGCAGCCUAUUUUUACUUAUUUAGUAAUAAACUUAAUUGAACUGAGUAAACAUGUAUAGGAUUGCACUCUAAAUUGUAUACAUUGUAGAAUUCAAUGUUAAAUUGAUUUGCAAAACUCCCCAAAGAAGACAAUUUUGCUGCAUUUUCUCCAAAUAUUUUCCACCAGUUUGCACCCUGGAGCAAGUGCUUUGAGUCCAUUUUGAAGGGGGAUGCCUCAGAAGAUAUGGGCAGAGAGGAGGGUGGUCCUCUUUCCUGAUGACUUUCUUGUUUGAUCCAAAAGGCAAAGCACCACCCUUAUUGGCACUUCUUGUUGCAUCUUUUCUUUUCUUUUCAUAUGCUAGUGCAGUGUAAGAAAACUAUUCAGCUUUUCUGCUUCCUAGGACUCCUCCCCCAGGAACCUCCAAUUAUAGAAUGGCCUUGCAUGAACUUUAUUAUUUCCUCCUGUUUCUUUUGAUCAACCCCUACUCGCAUGAAAGACAAAAAUGAGUGCUGCCAGAUGCACUUGGUUAUAUUUGUUGAGAUUUCAUGAGUAAGCAAAAUGUGAGAACUCCUGAUCAGCAGUACAGGGCCCGUUAACUUGCAAGCAGAUACUGACUAGAGUGUAUGAAGAAUAUUCUGUGGCACCGAUUAUCUAAUGAGUACUUGGAAAAAAGCCAUCUCAUUAAUGGUCGUCACAUUUAAUCACCAAUCUUAUGGCUCGGAGUUUUUAUGACAGCCCUCAAAAUAGAUUAGAUUAUUUAGCAAUUGUUCACCACGUACAUAUAAUAUCUAGUUGUGUACAUAACUUUUCACUGGAUAUGUAUAAUACCUAUAAGCUAUUUAUGAUGGUUUUCCUCAUUAAGAAUUGAUCUUUUCUUCACCAGUGUUUUGGUCCAACAUAGGUAAUCUUUCCUUUACACAAAAAAUAAGAGAAUUUUGGCUAAUUCACAUAUAGUAAUCGUGUUGGGGCUUGAGUUUCUUUUUAUUUCAUUCCCCCCACCCAAUCCAAAAGGAGAUCUUUGUAGUUUUUGUGAUAUGGAGAUUAUCUCUCUCCAUGGAAAAUAAGCAGAUAUGUCCUGUGCAAUCCAGUACCUCAGAAGUAAGCCCCAUUGAGUUCAAUGGAACUUACUCCAGGUAAGUGAGAGAGGGAUUGCAAACUAAGAAAAUUUCAGAGGACUAUGCAUGUUAACACUGAAAAUCUGAAAUCUGUUGAAUGUUGACAGUUACAUAAAGUAUUUGUUACCACGUACUGGUGAACGAGCAGUAAGUUAGAUGUCUUUUUUGGGAAACUCAGCUGAGAUUGCAAGCAUUCUCUUGUGAGUGUGCUGGUUUAGAUAGAUAGAUUUUAAUAUGCCUAGAAAGGUAAGAAAAGAUGGAAAAUAACAGAGAGAUUAUUUGGUAUCAGCCUCUUGGGGAAGAGUAACAAAAAUGGCAACAUGAAUUGAAUGCUUCAAGGGACCCUGAUGACGUUGGCAGAAACAUCAAUGCCCAAGUGGCUGGCAGUGUUAUCUGAAGCUGGUGAGGUGUGUACCUAUAGUCUAGCACUGUUAUUGUGCUUUUUUCCCUGUGGAUUAUUGGGAUAGUUCAAGAAUGCAAAAAAGAACAUCUCUUUCUCUCAGUUGCAUGCACAAACAAGCGUCUAUAUCAUUCCUUUAAACUAAGCCCGUAUGUGCUUUGCCAACACAAUGCUUUCUUUUAUUUUGUUUUUAUAUAGCAGUUGUCUUUAUUAAAGGCUUCCAUUGGUGCUUCUCUGUCAUUUGCAGAUUGCUUAAAUGCCGUUACAUGACAGCUUAGGAAACCUUGUUAACAUCCACCCUGCAUUCUUUACAUGGAUAGCUGGUAGAGUGGCAAAUUGAUUUAACACUAACAUUAUUGGUUUCUGUAUUUCCUGAAUGGCAUACAUCCUAGUUACAUUUGAGAGCUGCACCUGGAAUUUUAUUUUGGGAGUGACCUGUGCCACCCACAGUUUGGAUAUGUCACUACGAUACCUUUGUGCUGGUUGUUGGUCAGGCCUUUGUUGUGGCAAGACCAUACAUUCUCCAUUGCAAGUGUUUGGAUGCAAUACAGCUGUAGUAAGACUGAUGGGGAUGACACAGAACCUCCGAACUCCCAAGACCAUCUUUCUGACCUUUCCUCAGAUGCUAGAUCAGGGUCUUCCAAACUUGGGUCUCCAUCUCAUCCUGCUAGCUAGGGAUGAUGGGAGUUGUAGUCCAAAAAAGUUGGAGACCCAAGUUUGCGAAACUGUUCUAGACUGAUAUUCUCAGGGUUGCUGACCUCACUUCCUACUUCCUGUUCCUCAAUCCUACCUUUCAUUUGUCUCUCUCAACCCUGAUUGAAAUGGAUCCAGAAAAUCAGUUUCUUCCAAAAGCACCUGGAUCUGGUCUGCGACCAGUCGCUCUAAAACCUUGGUCAGGAAAGGAGGAUUAGCAACUGGCCGGUAGAUAGUUAGGUUUUCCAAAUCCGGGGAAGGUUUCUUAAGGAGUGGUUUUACCACUGCCUCCUUCAAACAGCCAGGGACCACCCCGUCUCAUAAAGAGGCAUUGAUCACCUCCUUGGCCCAACCUAACUCAACUUCUGUUGAUGCAUAUAAGUUCCAAAUGCUGUCAUUCUCUCCAGUAAUUAAUCUUUGCUACUCCUUUAGCCAGUGAGAAAAUAAUUCAAACAAAAUAGUUGCAUCUUCUACAUACUUUGGGGAGGGAUCCAUUAUUUGUUCACUUUACCACAGCUUUUCUUCCUUUCCUAAUUGGUCCUUCAGAGAUGUAGCCUUUGGAGGAAUGAACACAGGCCACCCGUUGGGUGAUACUAUACUGUACUAGAAACCUCCCUUCCCAUGUGUCAGGCUAUACCAACAUGCAUACCCUACCUCUGCAUCGAACCCACUACAAUACAUUCAGCCAUUGUCAGGGAAUGGAGACAACUCACCUUGCUGCACCCAAGAGUUCUUGGGUCACUCUCCUCUUAUGUAGUCCUGCUCCCAGCAGUGAGGACCUGCUAAGAAGCAAACGUGGACAAGGUUAGGAACAACCCCGUUCCUUGUGAAUCGUUGGCUUCCUAGCUGUGCGUGUGGCACAAUAGAAGAGGGUAAGGUCCUUAUAUAUUUAAGUACUAAACUGUAAGGAGUAGAGAUGGCACGGAUAGAGUAUUUGUGAUGAGAGCUUACUGCAAAAGAAAAGUUGAAGUAAGUUUAAGCCUAUGGCAAGAUUUGAAGUAAGUUUUGAGAGAGCUCAUUGUUGGCUCUUUCUGGUUUUGCCGUGGGAUGUGAUAGCACAACCAUGAACUCAUUUGCUAAAUGACGCCAAGUGAGAUUACUACUGUGCCCCCAGAAACAGAAUGAUAACACCUUUCCCCUGUAGCCGCAGUGAGAUUUGAUUCAUCUCUUAACACCAAGCAUUGUAGCAGCCUGAGUCACUCAGAGGUCUUCUGUGCAUUCCACAAACUUUAAUGAAGUCCCGAAGGAAGAUGAAAACCUCUGAGGGAAGCAUGACUUCUCUCCUUUUGGUUCAGUGAGGUACUAUCAAUAUGUGUCACAUCGUGGAGAGAAGGAUGGCUUGCUUGAAUAUGUAGAGAUCUGUCACUGCAGACAGGAUGUAUAAUUAGCAUGAAUGCUUUUCCUACAAAGCACUAAAAAUAGCACUCAUGUGUUCCAUCCUGCCCAGCACUGACAAAACCAAAUAUUUACAAAUUGAAAAUAAUAAGUAUUAUGUAGCCAAGAGGAAAAGAAAGAUCCUGGCUGUCUUUGAAUGGUUCUCACAUUGCAUAUACAACAAUGUGUGCACAAAUCUCAUUGGUUGCAAGUGGGAUUCUUUCACUUUGAAGAUGUAGCUGUGUGACUGAUGCUUGGUAUAGGCUGAAAUCCAGAGCUCUGAUCCUGGGUCCUUCACUGUAGACUAUGACUAGGACUGGGUUGAUUCUGGUUCUCUCGCUUUCUCAUUUUUCCAAUCUUAAAUCCAGUUCUCCACAUUUUUGCAGUGUUUUUUAAUAUAUUUUUUUAAUCGCCAUGAAAAUUCUUCAGUGCUAAUUUCUCCUAAUAGACAGUUCUUUUUGUAUGCAGUUUCAACUACUGUACAGAUUUUUUAUGCAAGCAAUUUGUCCUGAUGCAAAACAUUUUUGUAAGUUUUUUUAAAACCAAUAGGUUCUUUUUUAUGCAUAACUUGGAAAACUGCAAAUCAAAAUUUGGAUAAGUGUGUAACUUAGCUAACCUACUGUUUAGUAGGUUUGCAAAUUUUGUGCAGGACUCUUCCCCCCAAUACUUCCUUGUAAUUAUUUUAUGCUCUCUUAGUUGGCUGGGCAGCAGAGGAGGGUGGAACAUAUUUGGCCAGCUUUUAAAACAGAUGUUUGAUCCACAUAAAUAAAAAAUGGAAGUGUUUUGUAAUAGGAAGCUAAAUUACAUUGCCUCCUAAUUGUUGUUAAAGAUAUGUUACUAAACAUGCUAGUUCAAGAGUUUGCAACCCUAGGCUUUGUGGUGACUGAAAGAGGGACAAAGCUCAACUAUUAAUUUUAGCUUUUAAACCAUUUUGAACUCUCUCCCUCCUCAUUCACCUCGCUUCCUAGGAUUAUUACAUGAGGCACCAGAUUAUAAAGCUUAGCCAGAGGGUUACAUGUUUGGACGAGGGGGGUGGAGAUCCAUAGUCCAGCAAAGCGGCUUAUCUGUGUUUUUAAAAUGUGGUGCAAGGAGGUUAUAAAGCACUGAGCCAAGUAGCCUUUCGGCCAGAAAAACCAUCUUAGGUUCAACAGGCAUUUGUGUGUGAGAGUGAGGGGUGUGUGUGUUAAAUCUAAACACGGGUUCUGUUCUGAUCAUAGUUGCCCUGGAAGAGCUAGAACAUACAGACUCAAAAGGAGGAGUUGCAGUCCUAUGCACAAGUUUUACAACAAAAAUCAUGGGAUUAUAAAACCAAAGGGCAUGAGGGCAAGCUUGUAAUCAGCCACUUGCCUGGUUGGCUAUAGCAAGUUACAAAUGACUCAGAAGUCCAAGAGAAUCCCAGUUGCACUGUAGUUUUUAGUUUGAAAGAGGUAAUAACUUUGUCUUUGAGACAAAGCAGCUUUAUCUACAUCACAGUCUGUUAAACAGCCAUUUGCUUCCCCCUUUUUAUUUAUUUUUUUUGAAACUGUGAAUUUCAUAAGUUUGUCUUUAAAUGCAAACAGAAUCAAAUUUCUCCCUCACCUAACCAUAGUUUGUUCUGGUUCACACAAAACAGUAAACUGUGGUUAGCUGAAAACAAAAGUGAAUGCUUCCAGUCUUCCUUGUUGCUGCACUGGAGGAGGAGAAGGGAAGGAGGAACCAGGUGAACCCAAGACUCAUUAACAUAGCUAUCAACAAUGGUUUAGAAUUACAUCCAAACAUAGCUAUUAUCUUCUGAAAUGAAGGGAGUGUAAAGUCAUCAGUUAAGUCCUAGACUUUUCCAGUGCUGUGCAACAGUUGAUAGCAUUGGGUUCUUUUCACUUGUGACAACUUGUAUUGGUUGUUGAUAAACUUGUAUUGGUUGGUAUAUAAAUUGUCCCAACUAACAGGAAGCCAUACUUAUUGACUGCUGCACUGGAUUAGAAGUUCCAACACCCAGCUGCUAUGAAUCAUUGAUCUCUACCAAUGGAGAGACCAGUAGUUGCCAAAAUGUCCCCAUUCCCCCAAUUAGCUAGCAGUGGUCAGGGAUGGUGGGAAUUGUAGUCCAAAAACAGCUGAGGACCCAAGUUUGGAAAGCACUGCUUUAAAGCAUUUGGAAUUUUGAUAUAUAUUUGGUUAGACUUGUAUGUGAUGUAUUUUAGGGACACAUUAUGCAUUGCAUGUAAUGAAGGGCUAACAGCAUUUUUCUUUAAAGAAAAGUGCAUACCCUCCAAUAUUUCUUCGGUGAAAAUAGGGACAUCCCAUUCCAUAAUGAUGAUUUUACUAUUUUUACCCCACACAUCUUAUACUGGGUUGCCUCAGACAUUCUGGGCAGCUUCCAACACACAUAAAAACAUAAUAAAACUUUAAACAUUUUUUUAAAAAAAACACUUCCCUAUACAGGAUUGCCUUCAGAUGGUUUGGGGUGGGGGUCGGAUAACUCCAUACCUUCCAACAUUUCUCCAAUGAAAGCAGGGACAUCCUAAGGAAAAGUGGGACAAUCUGGGAUCAAAUCAGAAACCGGGACAGCUUCUCUAAAUCAGUGACGUCCCUGGAAAAUAGGGACACUUGAAGGGCCUAAAAGUGCAUUAAAGUGCACUAUGAAUGGAAAACCAGAGGGAGAGUGAUUAAACCUGGUCUCACUGAUUGCUUUUCAGCUCAGUUCUCUGCCCAAACUGCUCCCCCACUGCCCACAGAGUCCCAGAUGCAUAAAUCAAGAGCUCAGCAGCAGGAAGUGCUGUGGAAAAUUUGACUGGAAACAAUGGCUAACAGGGAAAGCUUUGGACACCUCUGCCCGCUACUAAAAAUUGCUUCUACCCCAGCUGUAGUGUAUAUAUAUAUAUAUAUAUAUAUAUAUAUAUAUAUAUAUAUACACACACACAUACAUACCCUGUUAGUGUAACAACCCUAUGCAAAAAUAUGACAUGGCUUCAAUAUACACAUUUGUGUUCAACUUGCAAAUUGUACCACAGAUGGUGCAAUCCAUUAAAUGUAUUCAAGAUCUACCGCUGGACCAUUUCCCACCAAAAUUAUUGGCAUUGGACCCCCCUUCUGCUGCAGCUUACUUUAUACUGCAAAAUUAUUGACUUGACUGUGAUGCCAAAACUACUGAGUGUCGCAACAGCUCUUUUUUAAAUAGCCAUGCUUGUUUGGAAUCCAAUUUUAUUGCUUUGCUUUUAAUCUUCACUAAACCAUCUAUAUAAAUGUCUACUUUAGAACCAAACUAGACACGACGCAGGAGAUAUAUUACUAGCAUAGGCUUCAUUUUGUUUCAUUUCUACUUUUUUAUUUUUGUUACUAUGCAAGCAGCUGCUUGGUGCUUCUAAUUUGAUCAGAGAGGCAGCCCUGGGAAGAAAGUGCUUUAACCCUUUACCUUACCUAAAUCACAACUUUAGCCUGCUGUUAGUUAUGUUGCCCGGUGUGUGUGUGGGGGGGGGAGAACGGGACGUGGAUUGGCAGGGAUGUGUACAAUGUCAGUAGCUGUCUCUUUCCCCCCUCAUACCCCAGAUGGAGCUAAUAACUAUUUCAAAUGGGUGCAAUUUAGAUCAGGGGAAUGCCACAGAAGGCAAGGAUACAUUUAAUCGAUUCAGUGCCAAGUGAAAAGUCAUCCAUCUGCUUAGGCUUUGUGGGGAAUAGUUGGAGUUACAUUGUGCCUGAAAGUGAGCAUCCCAGGUUGUGGCUCCCUGGGUAUUUUUUAUGGGUAGGUUAUAUUUUUUAUGUUCUGUGUUGAACCAUUUAUUGUAGGGUUGUUUUAGUGUUUUAUUGUACUGUAAUUCUUCCUGGGAUUAUAUGGAGAAGGAUAGGUCAGAAAUGGCUGAUUAAAUAAAUAAAUAAAUAAAUAAGCAAGCAGCCUCACAUGGUUGGUUGAUUUAAAAAAGAAAGAAAAGAAUAAAGCAUAGGAGAGCCUAAUCAUCAUAUGUAUAUCCCAUAUCAGGUCUUGUUGAGCCCUUAUAGCUUCAUGUAAGGUAAAAAGCUAAAGGCAAAGGACCCCUGGACAGUUAAGUCCAAUCAAAGGAGACUAUGGGGUUGCGGUGCUCAUCUCACUUCCAGGAUGAGGGAGCUGGAGUUUGUCCACAGACAGUUUUCCGGGUCAUGUGGCCAGCAUGACUAAACCGCUUCUGGCACAAGCCCAGAGCGCACGGAAAUGCCAUUUACCUUCCCACUGCAGAGGUACCUAUUUAUCUACUUGCAUUGGUGCGCUUUCGAACUGCUAGGUUGGCAGGAGCUGGGACAAAGCAACAGGAGCUCACCCCGUCAUGGGGAUUCGAACCACUGACCUUCUGAUAAGGCUCAGUGGUUUAGACCACAGCGCCAUCUGCAUCCCAAUAUAAGCUCCAUAUAAACCUUACCUUACAUAUAAAGAUGUGUGUUUCUAUCCAACUUUCCCUCCCUCUCCAAUCCCGCCGGAACCUUAAAUGCAAGAUGGGGAGCUGGAUGGAUACAAAUACCCCUGUUCAGUGACAGUGAUGGCUUGUGUGAGGUGAUGAGCAAGAGUCUAUGUGCAUGCAGCAGUGGGGGGGGGGGUGCCGUUCCAGUAAACUUUCCAUACAUUCACAACUGUAUUUCUGUGGGACCUAACUUUUCUAUCCCUGUAAAAAUACAAUGAAUACUGUCAGCUCAGAAGCAGAAGAAACAUGUUUUUUCAUUUGUUUGUUACUUAUACUACUUUUCUGCUGGCACUAAGGGAAGUGCUCGAAUAUUUAGGAGUUCCCUCGUCCGCCAGAGAUACAUAAAAUGCGAUCAAACUGAACAGAAGCUGAGCAAGCUGAUGAAGUGAAAAAUUAAAAUUCAGGAGAUGUUGGACUAGAAAAUUGUCUUGGGAAUGUUAUAUUCAAUUAUUGAGUUUAGUUACAGUAACAAUUACAGCUAACCUAAGAGGUCCUUCAGAUCGCAUUUGUCUCAGUAGGAUGCAAUUUGGGGAUUUACAUAUUUCAUUCAAAAAUAAAACAUAUAUCCUCCCGCUCAAAGGAAAGUAGAGAGAGAUGAACAUGUAUGAGUCACUAAGCUUUUAGGUGAUACAGUAAUCCCUUGUUAUAUGCUCACAUAUUUUCCAUUACCACACAGAAAAAUCCCUAGGAACAAAGCAUAUGACAUUUGAUCUACAUUCAUAUUGCCAACAUUCACAAACAGAAUUUUGUACUUCUUAAUACUAAGCAUAUUACCAUUCCAAUUUGAGUGGAAAUCCAGUUCAAAGGCUGGGUUAGUGUUUUUGCACACACCCCCACCCCAAAUUAGCAGACAUAGAACAUAGAACAAAUAAUUCAGUGCAUAUGACAAGGUUUAAAUGUCCUUCUUUGCAAUAUAUCCACAUUUUCUUUUGUUCUGAAUAAAACAUCAAGAUGACCAGCCAAAGCUCUUUCAAAUCAAAUGAAUGAGAACUGAGGGGAAGAUUUGGGAGGGGUUUUUUUUAUACAUAGUAAUGCAAUAAGAGAAGGGGACACGGGUGGCGCUGUGGUCUAAACUACUGAGCCUCUUGGGUUUGCCGAUCAGAAGGUCGGCAGUUCAAAUCCCUGUGACAGGGUGAGCUCCCAUUGCUCGGUCCCAACUCCUGCCAACCUAGCAGUUUGAAAGCACACAAAAAAGUGCAAGUAGAUAAAUAGGUACCACUCUGGUGGGAAGGAAACGGUGUUUCUGUGCGCUGCUCUGGAAGCGGCUUAGUCAUGCUGUCCACAUGACCCGGAAAAACUGUCUGCAGACAAACGCCGGCUCCCUUGGCCUGUAAAGCAAGAUGAGCGCCGCAACCCCAGAGUCGUCUGCGACUGGACUUAACUAUCAGGUGACUUUUACCUUUUAAUGCAAUAAGAAAUGAGAGAAGCUGUUUCAAAAUGGAUACAUAGCUCUGUCCAAUAUGGCUGUCGAAGGGCAGAAUAAUAUAAUUUGAGUACUUUUUAAUAUUAAAGAUGGAAUAAUUAAAAAAUAUGUCAUACAGAUUUGUGUGUGUCUCUCUCUCCCCGCCCCCCUUUUAUCUGUAGAGAACUACAAAGGAUGAGCAUUGCCAUUAUACUAGUUCAUUCCAUAACAGGGUUCUCAACCUUUCAAGGAUUUUUUUAAAGAAAAGGAUAUGGGGGUCACAAAAUGGACUGUUGCAAGCAGAUGGCCAUUCACAAAAUAGCUGCUCCCACUUUUUCAGGAUCACCCCAGAACUAGCGCACACUCACAUAAACACACAUGCUCGGUCUCCCUAACAUAUUUUAUGACUGUCAGUGUGGACCAAGAUACUGGUGAUUGCUUUAGUUCUCAGUACCACAAUGGCGUCACAUGGAAGAAGGUAUGAGCCGGGUGAAAACUGUAUUACCGCUGAAUCCUCUCUGGGUUUUAGUUUUCCACCCUGCUGUGGAGUCACACAUUUGAGUUAAAUAACACAAGCUGGUGAUUGAAGAUCUAUGCAAAGGUUUGAUAAUGUUGUUGCUUUGAGUUUAUUUAUCUGUCUCUCACACUUUUCUUCUAGAGUCAAUAGACCGAUUCCUGUGAUCAGAAAAAUCAAAGCCUUCUUUUCUCUUUUGAUCAAAACAUUUCUAUCGCCUUCUUGUUGACCUCCUUAUUUAGGGUUAAGCAAAGCCUGUUCCCAGCACCCUUUAAAAAGUAUUAAAGUGAUAAGAAAUCAGGGCAUCUCUGCCAGGUCCUCUCACAAUUAAUGCAUCUUAUAUUAAAUACACUAAGAGGCAGAAAGGUGUAACCAUGGUUAUGUGUAUUCUGUGGCCUUAAAAUUUCCUACAGUUUACUGCGUCUGUCUUUGUCCUUGUUGGUGUCUGUGUGACUGCUUUCUGUUUGGAGACAAAGAAGAGGCAGUAGAGACAAAAGACUUUUACAGAAAACACAGGCGACUAUCACCCUUCACAGGGAGCUCAAUGAAUUCAAUAUUUUUUUAUAUGUAAAAUAUUCAUUCUCAUACUAUGUCCAAAUGCUUCACUUAUACAAACAAGCAACUCAAGCUCCAUUUCUGCAGAUUUUUGAGAGAAAUAUUUAUCAACUAUUAAUAUAAAUUCCCAGAGAGGUACAAUUUGUAGACAUGGAAAACAAAACAGAUAUGCAGCCUAUAGACACACUUGCUUUGAGGGUCAUUCUCAUUUAUCUCUGUGGGAUUUACUUCCAAGUAAAGAUGUGUAGGAUUGGCCUACAACAAUACCAUCUCAAAUAAAAUCAGAGCUGAUGUGGAGCAGUCGCUUGGACACUACUUACCUGGAAGUAGCUUACCUGAGAGUAACUCCCACAGAAUCCAGUGGGACUUGUCUCUUACUAUGCAUUAUAGCAUUGCCCUAGAAGGAUGCAAAGAGAUGCAACAUGGAAAAUACACAAUUGGGAUCGUCUGUGGAUUGGUUAGGCUACUUCCAGAUGGGUUAAUUUGCAAAUGGGCUGUUCCAAUACAGCAAACGGGUCAUUGCAACAGUUUAGUUUAGUUUUUGUUUUAUUACUAAUCAGAUUUCCCCUGGCAAUGGUAAAUCCAGAUUAAAUGGGGGGAAAUAUGGGCUAGCCUUUUGAUGCUAGCCAUGUUGUGAGGAUGCUGCAAAAACUUGCAUUUGUGGGGAGCACUGAUCCCACAAUGAACAUCCAUCUGAAAGCACCAUUACAUGUAAAAGCAGCCACUUGGAGCACAAAUUAAAUCAGGGUCAUGGGCGCCAGAAAGGUAAUGAAGCUCUUCCCUGUCUCAUUUUUCUAUCUCCCAAGCUGCUAUUUGCCCUGCAGAGGAAAACAUAAAGGCACCAUAAAAGUACCUGUGCAUUUCGCCCUGCAGAUGCAACAACUUUGAGGAGGCAAUUUAGAGUGACUCUUCCAGAUGCUUUUCGACUGCAACUUCCUUCCUUCUUGACCACUGGCCAUGCUUGUUUGGGCUGAUGGGAGCUGGAGUACAGCAGCAUCUGGAGAGCAACAUUAUUGUUAUUGCAAUUUGAUUCUUCAUGAAACUGAGCCAACACUCAUCAUUCCCUUGGUUAUGAUAGAUAAGGGAGCACAAAGGAACGCAAGAUCUCUCUCAACAAAGAGUAUCUAAAGGUGUGAGUCAUUGUGUUUGAACGUGUAAGAGGAAGUAGCAACUAAUGGUAAGAAUGGCUAGAUCCAAUGGUUCUGUUCAGAAAAGCAUCCAGAAGUUCAGAUGUUUUAUUUUUUUCCUGCCUGUACCUAUGUUUACAAAUUUUACAAAUUGGAAAUCUCACAAGAACUUGGUAGUGGAACAAAAUGAACGACUGACAUAGCAGAUCCACAUUUAAAGCAUAUUCAUUUCAUUUCAUUUCAUUUAUUGAAAUCUAUAUCCUGCUCUGCCCAGGGUGGCAAACAGAUACAAAAUUUUAAAAUGAAAUCAAAGGAAAAAUACCUAGAAAGGUUCUAAAAACAAUUACAACUGGUAGCAUCUAAAAGCAGUGACUCUUAAAAAUAUCCCAAACUGCACCAUUCUAAUGGGCAUUUAAAGCAUGUGACUCUAGAAAUUUGCAAUUGCUUCAGAUCUGAUCCUGCAGUAACAUCCACCAGCUUAAUUCUCAUAAGUUCAAACAAAACACAAAGGUUAUAUGAAAACAAGGGAAUGCAUUUAGCUGCACAGUGAAAAGAUCAAAGUGCGUGCAUGCAUGCUCAAUGUGAAAAAAUGCAAAUUAUACCAUAUACCAAACCAAAAUCUGUUGUUUUUGCUAGGCGUGUUCUAUCCCAUGGCACAUUCAGGCAUAUACAAAAGAUGAAAAUCAAAUAAGAUUAUAUACAUAUGGGCACCAUACCAUUAAAAAGCCACUUCUUUUUUGUGGCAUGGUGCCCUUAUUCAAAACAGAACAGAAAGUACCACCUAAGAAAAAAUUGUGGGCUUCAGUAUCAUAAGUGAAUAUUUGAUCACAUUUUAAGACAUAGGGAUUUAAAAAAAUAAUUCACUUUCCACUAAACCGUUUUGUCAACUGAUUUAGCAAACAGACAUGAGAGACAAUUGAUGUGAGAUUUCCCUUUUACGCCAUCCCCUGCUCUAAAAUUGCUGCUGGAAAAGCCACUAUUGUGCAGAUUCUGGUAUUUGCUACUUCCUCUAUUUGUUGUUCUUUUCAGGUAAUCACAAGAUUAUCAAACAAGUCUGCAAUCUGUCAGGUAUGGUUGACUGAUUUUAAUAUAAUGAGCUUAGUUUUAAAAUACCUGUGGCUGAAUCCAAAUUCCUUUUUGGGUCAGACUGUCACCUUUGGAUCCCAGCAGGCACUGAGAUGAUGUACCUUUUUAAAAGAUCCUUGUUUAUAAUGGGUACAGUAGUGUUGGCAUGGAUAAACUUGCCUGUUUGCAUGCCCAGUUGCUACCUCUGCAUUUUAAAGCCAGGUCCUGCAUGCACAGUUUCUGGUCUGUGUAGAAUUAUGAAGUUAAAAAAUUGUAAGUUCUCAUUAAAUAUUGGGCUGCCUCAUAUCAAAAUAUGAUGCGUUUUGCAUGCUGAUUCAAACUUAUGAAUGUUGAUUCAUCUCCCCAAAAGAUCACCUUCUGAAUUGCAACUCACAGUGACGUUUGAAAUAUUGAUUUCAAAGCAACAGGCUUUUACUAUGCUAUAUCAACGUGAACGUAGCAAUUUCAAAAUCUUGAAAGUAUAUAGAGAGAAACUCCCUAGCCCAAUUAGGUUCAUGUUAAUACUGAACCUAAUAACAAGAGUCCACAGAACUCGCCUAUCCCAACAAUAAUAUGAAAAGGGUUCUUGAAAUUGUGCUGUGUGGCUCAUUAAUCACAGGGCUGAUUUCAAUACAGUGAUCUGAAUUCACAUGAUACCUUUCUAUGAUCUUGUCCACAUAAGUGGAGGAAAGUGGAACGUGCCUGCCUUUCUACCCUGUGGGGGCAAAACAUUCUAAUACAGUGAGCCUAAGCAAACUUGAUUUUAUACUUAUAUGGGUUGUAUUCAACUAACUUUUACUCAGAGUUCACCCACCUAAGUUAGAUAUGGCCAUAAAUUUCAGUGCAUCUACUCCGCAAAGAAGUUAGCUGAAUGCAGCCCUAUGUGUUGGGUUGUGUUCAGGCCCAUUUUGUAUGGUUGCCGUUCCAGAUACAAUGUGCCCCAGACAACUAGCUCUUGUGAUUUUGCAUAUACAUUUGAACAUCACAUCUCUGUGCUGCCAUCCAGUGAUAUCAGAGGGGGCCAGAACAUGUUCUCACCUUCCUUCAUGGGCCAGAGUGGAAGAGAGGUACCGGUAAUGUCCUAUAUGACCCGCUGCCUCAGUGAAUCUACUGAAGAGACUACCCAUGCUUUCGUUCUCAUAAGAAUAAUAUUGGAACUCAAGCCUGUCCUGGAAGUCCUGGCUUUUAAUUCUAAGUGUAGGGCAGCUUUUGCCAACCAGCUGCCCUCCAAAUGUUUUGAACCACAACUCCCAUCAGCCCCAGCUAGCAUGGCCAAUGUUGAGGGAUUAUGAGAGUUGAAGUCCAAAACAUCCCGAGGGGACCAGGCUGAGGAAAUCUGGUUUAGGAACAUGCUGUAGUUGCUACAUGAUAAGGAAGGGCAUUUUGCACAUGUUCACUGAUACUUUUUGUUAUUAUUUCACCUAUUAGUACAGAUUUUAAGUGAGCCCCUAAUAAACCUUGCCACAUACAUUUUUUGUUUUGUUUCUUAAACCAAAUUCAAAACAGAGGUGAAUUUGGGUUGGUCAGCAUAUGAACAGGAUACAGGGUCUACAUAUUUUCUCCCAGAUUGAUUUUUCAGUCUGAUGUCAUAUUGCUCAUACUUAAUCCUCCAUGGACAUUGUGCCAUGAAGAUAAAACUUAUGUCACAAUGGGACCAUGCUGUAUGCGUUCUCAGUUGAGGACAAAAUAUAGAUGAAAAUCAUGAUGAUAACCAAUAUGAUAUCUUGGUUAGCAGGUUAGGACUAAAAGCUUUUAAACCCUGGUCCAAAUUUUUGGUGAGUCUUGAAGUUCCACAAGUUAGUUGUCAAGGUAGUAGCCAAUAUAGUAGUCAAGUAGCCUUCUCCACCUGGCCUAGGGGGCAGGGCCCAGACUCACCCAGCCCUACAAAAGAGGCUCCUCAUGAGGCCAGAGGAAGAUUGCCUGGCUAUUGUUUUAUUGGUUUAACAUGCUGUAAAAUGCUUUGAGAUUUUAUUAAAAAUACAAAGCGGUAUAUAAAUUUAAAAAUAAAUAAAUAUAUUUUAUCCUAUUCUACCUGUGAGUUGUGGACAUAAAAUGAAAAAUUGCCACAAGCAGGAUGGAAAUAGGAUAGAAAGGAAGAGUAGAGCAAGCCAAUACACACCAUGGGGCUUGUUAGCAACAUUACACUCAUUUAAUCUAAAUAUGAAACUGUAUCUGGAAUGUACACUGCAACCCACAUGGAGUAAGUAUAUUAUGGAAAGGAAUAAGGCUACAUGUGGGGGGAAAGUUCCUGAUUUUAAACCCAAACUCCAGUUUCAGGAUCAUUUUCUUUACCGAGAAAUGUUGCCUAGUUUUGGUUCUUGCAAUUCACACAGUGCCUGUCUUGCGAAAAGUUCUGCUUUGAAACUCUCGGACAUCAAUAGUGUUGUCUACUGUUGAGCAACGUUACCCUAUUUGGAUUCACUUAAUUUUAAAUGUUCUCCCCUGCCUAUUAUUUCUGCAAAGGCUCUUAAGGCUAUUUACUAUUAUCAGACAACGACUUGCACCCGCCUCCCUGAGCCCACAUACCUGCAAAUAGCAUUGUGAAGGCUUUCACUCCAGCUUCCCUUUGCGCAGGAUGCAGCAAAGCACUUUGAGUGGCUACCCCAGCUCUGGGACAGUCCCUCUCAGCAGGUGUGCCUAUAUUAUCUUCUUCUUUGGCUUAGGAAACUAUGUAAGAUCUACCUUUUUACUAAAACUUUGAGCUAGUUUUUAGGGGGAAAGCUGGUCCAGUUCAUUUGGAGUUGUUUUAUGUUGUUAUUUGUCAGUGUCAAUUUGUCUUUCUGUUUCGUUUUGUUUUGUUAUGUACAUUUUAAUUUGUUGCCACCCGAGCAAAUUUAGAAACAUGGGAUUUAAGUGAUUUAAAUAAAUAGGUAAAUUAAUUAGACAACCUAUUUAUCUAUUACACAGCUCUGUAUGAACUAAAAAUAUGGAACAUUUCUGGGUAACAAAAUGCAUUUGCUUUCAUUUUGCUGAACUGUGUUUAUAGACCUAUAUUUUAUAAAUCUCCUCACAUAGUGGAAUCCCAUUUAAGGAGCCCAAGAAGCUGCAAAAUGUUUACGAUGGGAACAUUUGUGGUCUUUGGGUUUGACUGAAUGCUCAAUCUUCCUCUCAGGAAGAGGCUUCCAUUUUUCAGUCUAAUUCUCAGGGCACUUAAAAAUUUAGGUGCAGGGUGUUGAGCUUACCUUGUUGCAAGGUGGCCAAGAGUGGUGUGCCUCUCUGAGUUUUUCUUUCCAGUAAGUUUUUCCCCAGCACUCUGCAGCCUCCUUGGCUGUCCAUGCCUCUUGAUCUGAAAAAAAGCUGCAUGUAUCUUCCCAUUAUAGUGCAGGCACCCCAGAAGGCUACAAAGUGCAGGCUACUGGUAAGAUGACGUAGAUUGAAAGACAAGACACUCACAAACACCAUUUGGCCCUCCCAAAAGUGAGUUGAGCACAAAAAGCACCUCUGCAUCCCACCCAAGAGAAAUUCAUUGCAAUUCCCCCCCCCCCUUUAUUAAUUUUCAAAUGCAAUUUCUUUCCUCCUGGGAAAUGAUUGGAAAAUAUGUGGAAGGAACAUUCAACACAGUACUAGUUGGAUUCUCAGAUACAGUGGUACCUCGAGUUACAAACGCCUCAGGUUACAAUCGCUUCAGGUUACAAACUCCGCUAACCUGGAAGAGUUACCUCGAGUUGAGAACUUUGCCCCAGGGUGAGAACGGAAAUUGUGUGCCGGCAGCGCAGUGGCAGCAAGAGGCCCCAUUAGUGAAAGCACGCCUCUAGUUAAGAACAGUUUCAGGUUAAGAAUGGACCUCCGGAACGAAUUAAGUUUGCAACUAGAGGUACCACUGUAGUUACAACAUAGCAAGCAGAUUUCCAUUUUAAUUUCAAUAUGAAUUAUCCACUAUUUUAGGCAGACUCGAAAGGAAAUGGAAGCAUCAACAAGAGACUUCCCUCUAUUGUGGAAGAUGAGGAAGAAGAGGAGGAGAUGGUAGAAGAGGAGGCUGGUACUCUUUCUCCAGUCCAUACCAGAAGCACAACCUCCUGCUCCCAGCAGAAAAAGUCAGGAAGCAAUAAAAGCUAUCUUGGGAUAAACUUGAAACAGUUGGCCUCAGGAACUGUGCCCUUCCACUCACCUAUCCGAGUUUGCAGCGCAACCUCCUCUAGAACCAAGCAUGAAACGGAACUGCAUUAUUACUCCAAAAGGAGAGAGAAGAACCUGAAGCUGCACCUUUCAUCCCUAAACAGCACUGGUCCCCCAGACCUCAGCCCCAGGUAAAUAUUAGCAAUGUCUCUUACAAUGGCGCGCACCCAGUUUCUCUUUCCAUACCAACAUUUUUCCUGUGGAUCAUAAAUGUUUUCCGUUCUUUGAUACUGUUGCUAACAAUAUUGAUGCCUUAAAAUUACCCACCAAUUUCAACCACUUUAAAUACAACCCAUAAAGGAGUAAAUUCACUGAUUAUCUAAAUAAUAACUGUAGAAGUUUGAAGACACUAGCAGGAUUAAAAUAAAUCUUAUGACAUGGACUUGAAUAAAGAGGAAACUGUGAGAUGUAGAUUGGAAAUAGAAAACUGUUGGCGGGAGGGAGGGAAGUCAUUGCUUGGCAGAGUGGGGGGAAAGGAGUUGUACAAAUGGAUGUUGAAAUUUAUUGUUGUUUGUUUAAAGUGAAAAUUUAAUAAAAAAGUAUUUUUUUAAAAAAAUACAACCCGUAAAGGAAUAAUGGUUCUCUAUACAGAAGGCAUUCAGAAGAACUGGUAACUAAAACCAGUACAAUGCACAAUGUUUAAGGGCACAAUAAGACCCUAUCCAGAAUUCAUUAUGGGAGACUGAGGCUACAGUCCUCUACUCACUUGCCUGGAAGUAAGCCCCACUGAGUUUUAUGGGAAUUAUUUCUGAGCAGACAUUGACAGGAUUGCACUGUAAGCACAAAAAUCAUCCUUACUGAUUUCAGUUUAGUUUGCCAAAAUGCACCUGCAUCUUUCAACAUCCCUUCAACAGACCUGCUUUAAAAAUUGUCUGUUUUUCAUUCAGAGUCCUGGAAGUCAGAAGGAUAUGUAAAAAGAACACAAAGUACGAGGGUUUUUUUUUAAGGAUCAUUGAAACCAUGCAGUCCCUGAGCUAGCCCAUAGAGCUCUGGAAGGAAUGGAGGAGCAGUAUGUUUUAUUUUAUCUUAUAUAAAAAAUUGAUACCCUGAUUGCAAAAUACCCACUCACGGCACUUUGAAGGGAAGCUCCCUGGCCGGAGCUAAAGCUUAGGCAGAGUCUCUUUAUAUGAAAACCUUCCUUGCCCAUAUAACAGGCCUGCCCCCAGCCCUGCCUAUGGCUGACUGAUUGGUAGGUUUGCAGGGUUUCCCACUGACCAUAUGCCCCGGACAUUGCUGGGAUUUCAAAGGUGGAAUUGACGUCCGAGGGGAAUUUCCGAAAGGCAUGGGCUGGAUUCCUUAAAAAAACAAAAACAAAACCUGAACAAUUUUGGAGGUGUCCUUGUUUUUACUUUUUGAAACAUGGCAACCCUACCACAGGCAUCUGACUGGCCACUGUGAAGACAGGGUGCUGGACGAGAUGGCAUGAUCCAGCAGGCUCUUAUGUCUUUAUGUGCAGAGAAUACCGUAUUUUUUGCUCUAUAAGACUCACUUUUUCACUCCUAAAAAGUAAGGGGAAAUGUGUGUGUGUCUUAUGGAGCGAAUGCAGGCUGCGCAGCUAUCCCAGAAGCCAGAACAGCAAGAAAGAAUGCUUUCACUGCGCAGCGAUCCCUCUUGCUGUUCUGGCUUCUGAGAUUCAGAAUAUUUUUUUUCUUGUUUUCCUCCUCCAAAAAUAGGUGAGUCUUGUGGUCUGGUGCGUCUUACAGAGCAAAAAAUACUGUAUAUAAAGUGAUUCUGUCCAAGCUUUGGCUCCGUCAGCUUAGACAAUCUCAGGGACUGUGCGGUUCCUUGGAGGGUUGUUCUUUUAAGUAACAACAGCCUUUGCACAGCUGUCUCCCCGCAGUGCAAAAGCAGACAAACACUUGAUUUCUCAGCAAAGUGCUUAGCUGUUUGCUUUAAGGCUCUCUCUUUUGUUGACCCAUGCAAAUUUCAAGACGGAAGUUCAGCUCCCUUCUCCUGAAAAUGCUCACAGACUGCAUUCUCACCUUGAAAGGCUUUCGGAAAGACAUUAAGCUGAACCCAGUGGGGAGGUCUGCUGCAUGAGGUCCAUUGAGAGAAAUCGGAACAGCAUGUACUACUUCCCUAUUCAUUUCAAUUUGGCUUGUGCAGGAAACAUCUCAGUGAACUGUGUCCAUAGAAGCUAGCUGCAGGAAGGAGUGCCUGAGGAAUAAGAAAUGGGGGGCAGGGGAAGGAACCUUCUCCUCCACUGCCACGUUGCUGAUUUUAGCUUAGGACAGUUAUGAAUGAAAGUAAUCACCUUUAAUAGGUGUUCAGUGACCUUUGUAAAAUAGGUUAUAGUUCAAUAAAUCCAUUUUCAUUCCUUCAUGCUGCAUUAUCACAUCCCUUUCAUUACAGUAAAUUUACUGAUGAGUGUUAUACAACUGCUAAUCUCGCACAGGCAUUUAUCAACAGAGGUUGGCUGAACAAGUGAUAUUCCCCCGUUUUGUAUCUCGGCAGCACUUUUUCUUUAUUCGAAAUGCAGGGAAGAUUAGUGAUAAGUUAAAGGAAAUGAUGGAGUGUACAAACAUUCAUAUGACUUAAGGAAAGUUGCCUUAAUUAAACAACACCUUGGUUGGGUAGCCGUCUUCCAAACUCUGCCAUGGAGGUAGGGUUGCCAUAUUUCAAACAGUGAAAAUCUGGACAGAAAAUAUGUUUUGGGGCAAAGUUGUUGGACUUUUUUUUACUUUUGCCCCAAGUUGUUGGGCAAAAACGGCACUGCUGACAUGGGCUGCCAUAUUUUCCCAGACAUCUUCUCGAUUUCUGCCCGAACGCUGCUGUCGACUGCAGUAUUCUGGAUGUAUGGCAAUCCUUCAUGGAGAGGGUGGGGCAAAGGGUUCAUCAAUUAAAAAGAAAGAAAGAACACAGAAAUGGAAAACAAAGUAUGGAUGAAAAACAGGACAAUAGGUACAGAAACACAAUCAUAUUGCCAAAGAAGAAAGCUUCGUUCAGGCCAUCUAAUGAGAGUGCAAGUGCCUGGGAGCUUAGUACCAGUCCCUGUUCCUGACCUUUAUGCAUUUAGUAUAAAACUUGUGGAGGCAUCCCAUUCGUGCAACUGUUAAAUGUAGAAGGCUCUCUCUGUGUGAUUGAGAGCCCACGCAGAGAGGUUCCACUGCAUAUAUUAUUAUUGACAGAAGGAGCUAUCUGCUGAUGUUUAAGUGUGUGGUGCAAAGUGGGGUUGAAGCUGGCUGCGUCAGUGCUCCCUCUCCCCACGCCCAGUUUGAAGGUUUAUAAAGGGAGUGGAACUUCACAAGUCAGAUUUUUUAAAACAUUACAUUAAUCUCCGCCCCUGCCCAAAAAGAGAGCAUGUACGACUCCCAGGGUUUUUACAAAACCUCCAGUACAGCUUGCAUUAUUUCUUGCUAACACAACACAACACAAAACACAAGUUAUUUUCACCAUGCCUUUUGGAGGCGGGCAGGGAAUGAGAAUGGGCAUCUAUUCAGCGAGCUGAAAUUCUAAUUUAUGGCCAUUGUGUGCAGAGGGUUAUUUUUAUUUGCUUGCUUUCUUGUGUGUGUGUGUGUGUGUGUGUGUGUGUGUGGUUUUUUUGUGGCUUUUUUUGUAUACACCACAAUAUCCUACCUCAAUCUUCUGUUCCUAUAUGAAGCAAACAUCACAAUCUAGUUUCAGGCUCUGCUUGCAAGGAGCACAUCAAAUCCAAAAUAAUAUUACAGCGGAGCGAUCUUUUCCUCUGAACAACAUAUUUAAUCACAGAAAUUCUGCUGCUUUCCAGGCUAAGGGAAAUCUCAGAUUUCCUCUAACCUGGGGAAGCGGUUUGGACACUACUUUUAUCCCUACUCCUCUUCAAAAGUAUGAGUAGUCCCUCAGGAGGAAAUGAAAUCUGACAAGACAGACAAAGGCUUGUGGUCCUUUAUUAAGGAAAAAUGUUGUUUAAGUCAGUAACAUCCACUUCAGUGUGUUUUCUUUGCAAAUAUAAACAUAGAAUUUUCUAUGCCACGUUAUCAGUUGACCUUUUCUUUUAAGCAAUUUUAGGUUCAAAUAUUGGUAAAGUUCAUCGUAUGAACGUUCUGUUUCCCAAAAAAUGUGUGUAUUGUUAGCCAUGCAUGAGGACAAAGAAGCUUGAUUUCUGUGCAAUUAUUCCAAGAUUGUCUUUCCUUUUCAAAACAGGAUCAUUGAUGGAACAGAAGAUGGUAACAAUAAUGAAGAAAGCCAGACAUUUGACUUUAGCUCUGAGCAACUCAGGCAGGAUUCCAGAGCAUCUCCUACCAUCAGGGGUUAGUGCUAUAUUUAGCCAUCUUACAAAUGAUUCAUAAUGCACCUUUCAGAGAGGGCUGCCUUUUGUGUACUGCACACUGUGAGAGAAAUCCUUAGAUGUGACUGGAUCAUCGUGGGCAAGAGUGACAGGGGGGUGAAGCGUAGAGCUAUUUCUUUCCAGUUAUCUGGGCUUCUUUUCUUGCCAUUUAUCAGACAAGGUAAAAAGAUCAUAAUGCUUACAGGCAUUGCUGCUUCCUAAAUCAGAGCCCAUCCCUGUGUAUAGUUCUGCAUGCCCCAUUAAAGAAGUCGACCCUAAUUGUAAGAAGGUAAUAUUAAGUAGCAAAGUGUUCAUUUAAGGUCCAAUAGUCUGCAGUCCCAAAGCCAAAGGUGCAAUUCUGGCAGUGGGUGGUGAAAGGUAAUUGUUGCCGGAGGAGGAGGAGGAGGAACACCAAGAAAAGUAAAAGCUUGAUGUGAGUAGCCAUAUUAAUCAUAACAAUAAAAUAAUUGUACAAUAUGCUUAUUCCGAUCACACUCACACCAAACGUUUGUAUCACUCUUUAACAGUAAUGGCUCCCCCCCAUCCAGUGAAUCCUGGGAACUGUAGUUUGUGAAGGGAGCUGAGAGUUGUUAGGAGAACAUUUAAUGAUCUACAGUUCCCAUAAUUAUUUGGAGAAGAGUGUGUGGAAAAAUAGCAUUCUCUGUGGCUACAGAACACAGAAAGACUAUUUAGCGAGAGGGCACAGAAAAGAAGGGGGAGGGGAGGGGCUGGAAUCCUGAACAGCAACGUUCCACACUGCAACAUUUUCUUGCAGGUCCCACUUCCUACGUUUUUAAAAUCAUUAAAUAUUUUAAUAAAAUGAAAUAAAGUGCCAACUAAUUUUAACUGGUGCUAGGGAAGAGGGGUUAUUGUACAUCACAUACGCCCCAAAUUAAAACAUUAAAAAAAAUAAUGAAAAUGGUUGUUGUUGCUUACUUACAUACAUGCACGAAACCCAACCAUGAAGCUUUUACUGUGUCCCACCCACCUUCCUAAGGGGUUUUUAAGAACAACAACCCAGUCCCCCUAGACAGCUAUAUAGCAAGCUCACCAGAGAGAACAAAAGCAAUCUAGACCAAGAUUUUACAGUCUAAUGCAGAAUAAAUCUCAAAGACCUCCUUUGGUGCAGAAAGAUGACAAUCUAAAAUAUGGGGGGGGGCUGGGAGAAGGGCUACUUGGCUCAUUUCUGAAUUGUGACAAACCUAUGGAAUGCAAGCAAUCAAACCUUACCCAUCCCUUCCUCUCUUUCUUUAGCUGAGCCAUUUCAAUGGAACUGUGUGUUUUUUUGUUUUUUGUUUUUAUUGAUGUUGUCUUUAACCUGAACUCAUUGAAGGAAAGGUAGAACUUUACAUAUUUGAAUUAAUUUAGCCUUAUUUAAUCAAGAAAAAGUUUCGAUUUGGAACACUUGUUUUUACAUAGACAAAUCAUUCCUUCACAAACUAAAAACUGGAAAGAAACUUAAGUGAGCAAUCAGGUCUCAGAUGUGAGAUUUCUAUGACCAUCUACUUACAGUAUGUAUUGUUAUGAUUACAGAGAAUGAAGUUGGCGCCGCCGUGCUAGUCAUCAAAGCAGAAGAAGCAAAGCAACAGAUCAACAGGCUUAAUAAUGAGGUAUGGAGAAUUUCAUGUCAUUUCAAUUGUUCUACUCUUCUCUGUGGAGAAAUGAAACUUGUUAGGAUCAGCAACACCCUUGAGGUAAGGCUAAUUUUUCAUGCCUAGCAAUAAUUGAUAAAUCUUUAGUUCCAAUAGCCUAUAGCACUUUUCAGAUGCGCUGCUCAUGUAUAAAUGUUAUGUGCAUGAUGGGCAAAUGGGGACUACUGCACUAAGCUCCACCACCUGUAUCACGAUUUGCAUUGCCCUCUAGGACAUAGAGGUUGACCCUUCUCUGCUAAGAGAUACUCCCUGCACGAUUUGGAAUCCCAGUUUUGAAGGAGAGGGUGCUUUGUCCUUUUUAUUUUAUGCAUUGUGACUUCCUGUUGUUUUUUUCGAUCAUAGUUCAGUCAGUAUUUAUUGUGAUUGUUAAGAGUGGAUUUCUGUUUAAUUAUCAUUUGCUGAUGUUUAAAGGUAAAGGUAAAGGGACCCCUGACCGUUAGGUCCAGUCGUGGCCGACUCUGGGGUUGCGGCGCUCAUCUUGCUUUAUUGGCCGAGGGAGCCGGCGUACAACUUCCGGGUCAUGUGGCCAGCAUGACUAAGCCGCUUCUGGCGAACCAGAGCAGUGCACGGAAACACCGUUUACCUUCCCGCCAGAGCGGUACCUAUUUAUCUACUUGCACUUUGACGUGCUUUCGAACUGCUAGGUUGGCAGGAGCAGGGACCGAGCAACGGGAGCUCACCCCGUAACGGGGAUUCGAACCGCCGACCUUCUGAUUGGCAAGUCCUAGGCUCUGUGGUUUAACCCACAGUGCCACCCGCGUCCCAUUUGCUGAUGUUUGGAGCUGUUUUUUUUUUUUAAUAGCUGUUUAAUUGUAUUGUGUACUAUUAUAUUCAACUAGCUUAUUGAAUAUUACUUUAUCUGAUAUAAGUCAUUCCAUUUUUAAGUUAUGCUUUAUUAUGACUUUCUGUAUUGGAUCGGAUAUCAUAAUAAGGUGUGCGUUCUUUGUUGUAUAUUUUGUUGCUGUAAUCCACCUUGUGUAUGGUAAUAUAGAAAGGCUAUAUACAAAUCAGAAGUGGAAAGAAAUGAAAUGGAGCUCAUGGAGGGCAAUGGAGAGCUUAGUACGUUUUUCCCUUGUGUGUACGAUUUACACAUGAGCAGCACAACCCAGACAGGGCGUGUGUCUGUGGCCAUGACGACAUUUCCUACCAAUGCAUUGGACUGUAAGAGGAGGAACACAAUUCCUAGCUUUUCCAGCACCUUCAUCUUAUUUCUUAGAAUACCCUACUCCAGUUUUUUGUGUAUUUUUAAGAAGAAAAAAAUGAGAAAGGAGGUCAUUGGUAGCCAGGAGCAACACAUUUCAUUAGCAGUCUUUCCAACCGAGAUUAAAAGCUUUCUAGCAAAAGGGCAAAUAACUGCUUUCAUACAAGGUAAUUGUGUUACAGCACUUUACUAGCAAUCAAAAAAUUGCUACCUAGCUCUUCUUUUGGAGGGGAACUAGUAAUUUGCCACAGAGCAAAAGCUACUGGAGCAGAAUGGACCAAAAUCAAGCAAACAUACUAUGAUCCUUAAAUUUGUGCAGGGGCAUAAUACAGAAGUGCAUUUCACUUUCAUAGGAAAUGCUUAGCAUUCACAAAACUCUGAAGUCUCUAGUUAGCAAAAAUGAUUGUGUCUAUAGAGAUGCAUUACUUUAAAACGUGUAUCAGUAGUCCAAAAACCCCUAGCAAAUUUAUGCAGCUGAAGGCUCCCCAUGUUUUAUUAUAGGGUCAGGAGAGGGGCAAAAAGAAGGUUUUGCCAAUAUGAACGUCGACAUUCUACAGCUUUUAAAAAUAAUACCUGCUGAGCUGGUAAUUUUGAAAUUUGGCAUGUGGGAUCUACCUGAAGAGUUCUACAAAUGUGCCAAACUUCAAACAACUAUGAUCUAUUGAUUAUUAUAUUUUCCCCAAGGGGCCCAAUGUGGCGAACAUGGUCCUCCCCUCCCCAUCUUAUCCUCACAGAGUGAGGGAUUAGACCCCUGGCCUCCUAGGUCAUAGUUCAACACUCUAUCCAUUACAGCACAGGUACAUCAAGUUUGAAAGUGCUGAAACAUGGGCAUUUCAACCCGCUGUUCUGCAGGUUUAUAAUAUAUUUCCAUUUUUUGUAGAAAGUACUGGUGCACUUUAUUCAGGCUUUAUUCAGAAAGCACGUACUUUCAUUGAUUUGGUGAAGUUCUGAAAUUCAAUGUUAAUUAAGGUUUUCCUUGUCCCAUUAAAGUCUAUGGAAAACAAGUACUGGCAGAUAGUGCAGGGACGCAGGUCUAAAAGCUGCUCCUGAAAACUUGGUAACCCUCUGAAAUGGCAUUUGAAAGUGUGUGGUGGGGAGGGCCUCUUGGCCUUGCCGAUCGGAAGGUCAGCGGUUUGAAUCCCCGCGAUGGGGUGAGCUCCUGUUGCUCUGUCCCAGCUCCUGCCAAACUAGCAGUUCGAAAGCAUGCCAGUGCAAGUAGAUAAAUAGGUACCGCUGCAGCGGGAAGGUAAACGGCAUUUCCAUGCACUCUGGCACUCGUCACGGUGUUCUGUUGCGCCAGAAGUGGUUUAGUCAUGCUGGCCACAUGACCCGGAAAGCGUCUGUGGACAAACACCGGCUCCCUCCAGCCUGAAAGCGAGAUGAGCGCCGCAACCCCAUAGUCGCCUUUGACUGGACUUAACCGUCCAGGGGUCCUUUACCUUUUUACCUUUGCAGGGCAUAGCAGGAAUGAAAAUCAAAGCCAAAGGUCUUUCCUAGAGUUCUGUGCUUGCAGAGGGAUCCACCUAGUGGUUGUAAAGUGCAGUGCCUGAUCACUUAGCUACGGAAUAUAAUUGUGUGGUGCCACGGAGAGAUGAAGGCUUGGUAACAUUGCUGAGCCUGUGGGUGCAUUUGGAGAAAUGAGAAACUGUGGUGGGUCACCUUCAUGCACCUCCCACUGCAAGACCUCAGCCCACACCACAGACCUAUUAGUCCCCAUACGGCGUACAACUUGGAGUGCAGUGUGGUGUAAUGGUUAGCAUGUGGCCUCCUAGGAACCAGUGGCAUGCUAAUUUUCCUCUUCCAUUAUUUGUCGUCUUGACAACCCUGUGAGGUAGCUCACAUGAAGAGACAGAUAUCCAUGUGAAAGUCAGUCACAUUAAGGUUGCACAAUUAGAGUUUGUUGGCAGGUCCUGCACAACAAGCCCACUCUGCACUCCACAAAAAGGGAAGUGACAAGAAAAUGCAUUGGAAAGUGUGGAAUAACACUUGGUUUAGCACAGCAUUGUCUAGCCUCUCCACAGAGCGAAUGCUCCUUAAAUAGCGAAUGUUGCCUAAUAUCCUUGCAAGCAAAUCAGGAUGAACAUUCAUCAGUGAGCAGAUCAUCUGGAAGUGUCCACCUAGUAAAUGUAUUUAGGAGUGCAGCUUCAACGAAUGUCUGCUUCAACUUUUAUAUAUUUCUUAAAGCAAGUGGUAGUGUAAAAAAAUAAAAGCUGAAGAUACAAAACUAACACUGCACCCCAAAAUGUUGAGAUUUAUUAUUAUCUCCACUGAAGGCACCUUAAGAUGGCUAGUGAACUGCUUACCUGUUUGUAAUGUGAUUUCAGAAGCACUAAAGAUUAAUACCACAGUCAUUAGGCUUUCCCCCACUUGUAUGAAGCCCAACAAACUGGAAGUAGAAAUACAUUAUGAAAUAGUAUUUCACACAAUGGUAUGUGGGGGAGGGGAAAGAAACAAACAAACAAAAUCGUGGAAACUGAGGGUCAAGGUGAAGUAAAAUUAAGAUAUUUGUUUGAGCAUGACCCGCAUUAUCCCUUCCCACCAUGCACUGUCAAAUGCCAUUUCAGAGAGUUCCCCAGUUUUCAGGAGCAGCUUUUCAAUCAGAAAGAGAACCUUUAAAUGACCACGUAAGCUCUUAGAAUCCUAACCCAUAGUUUCAGCAUAUCCAAUGUAUUUUUAUAUUGUUAAUAAUUAGUGAACAUAGGAAGUUGCCUUAUAGAGGCUGGCAGUGUGCUCUCCAGGUUUUCAGUCAGGGGAUCUUCUCAGGCCUGCGUGGAGAUGCCAGGAAUUGAAUCUUGACUGUUAAAGUGGCAUAAAUAUGCUUUGACUCUAAGGUGUCUGGAUGUGACUUAAGGCUACUUGAUCUGCUUUGACUUAACCAUGACAGCGUCAGGUGCUUAAUUUAUAGUAAUGAGCAGGUUAAGUUGUACAAGUCACACACUAAUUGGAAACGCUUUUAGUUCAGAAAGACUCAAAUGCUUCACACUUAUCCUUUUCUCUUUCUGACAGGUACGUUUACCCUUUUGAAAACUAAUGUACAGCCUCAUCUUGCUUUCUGCAAAUUACUUCCUCUUUUCAUCAAUUUGAUGAACUGCACAAGUUUAAUUCUGCGAGCACAGUGGCAGUAAUCUCGCCUAAAAUACAUUGAUUAUCUGCUACUGGAAGCAACGCAGAGCUAAUUUUUAAUUUUGUACCUUCAUUUGCUUUUUUUCCUGCUAGCUACGUACAGUAUAAUCAAAUGGGGAAAAAGAAGGUUCCCUUCAACUUUAAUCCACAAUUCACUCAGUUCAGUGUGUGUAAAGUAAUUGAUUUCAGCCAACAAUGCUAGAAUAAAUGGGUUGUAGACUACAGCUGGUCACUUUCAUUAUAUAGAGGUAUAUUCUCCAUCAACAUCCCUAUAGCAAAUUUUAUGUAUUCCAAAAAAAUAUGAUUACACAUAUAAAUUAUCAUGCUGAUAAGCCUUCCCAGAUGAGUACUUCUCAAAUUAUGAAUUUUGAUUAAAGAAAUGGCCAUUCUAUUGAACAACAUAUAAUAUUAGAUAGGGAACACUGUUAAUUCUUGGUGAUCGGGUACUUCUUAAACUAGGAAAUAUUUAUAGUUACAGGUAGGUAGCCAUGUUGGUCUGCCGUAGUCGAAACAAAACAAAACAAAACAAAAUAAACCCUUCCAGUAGCACCUUAGAGACCAACUAAGUUAGUUAUUGGUAUGAGCUUUCGUGUGCAUGCACAGUUCUUCAGAUACAUUGAAACAGAAAUAUAGGAAAUAUUUUGACAGCAUUUCUGUUACAUAGAAAGCUUUCAACAUGACAUCUUAGUCCCAUUGAAAUGCGGAAAAUUUAAUCAUGGCUAGCAUAAGACUCUUUGAUUCCUAUGCUACAAAAGCCUUAAUUUCCUCCAAUCCAAUGUUUCAGUUGAGUUUCAGCUGAGCUUUUGCAAACAUUUGUGACAUUUUGGGGGGCGGGGGGGAGAGAAGAACUUUUUUUUCUCUUCCUGCCUUAAUGGAACAAUCCUGUACAUAUCAAUUCAAAAGUACAGCCUAUUGAGUUCAGUGGGGCUUUCUCCACGCAGUGGCGUAGCGUGGGGGGUGCAGGGGGGGGCCGGCCGCACCGGGCGCAACAUCUGGGGGUUAGGGUUAGGGGGCGCAAAUCCACGGGUUAGGGGGCGCAAAUUACUUGCCUUGCCCCGGGUGCUGACAACCCACGCUACGCCACUGUCUCCAUGGUAAGUGAUUAUAGGAUUCAAGCCAAAAGGUUUAUUUUCAAAAGCAACCCCCUCUAAUAAUUGGUUUUUAUUUCAUCAUGUUGGAAGCAGAUUAUUAAAAUAGUUUGAAAAUAUGAUUUGAGGAGGCUCCAGCUUGACUCAGCAAACUGGAAUGUAGCACCUAGCAAUUGGUCCUGAAGUAAUUCAAAACUUAGGCUUGGUUCUUGAAUCUUCUGAUUUGCUCCCCAUGUGAGAACUUUGACCCACACAGUUGGUUUUAAUGAAAAUUAAAAUAGGUUAUUUGUUAGCGUUUCUGUGGCACACAAUCGUGAACCACAAGUGGCACAAAUAUCAAACAAAACAAGAAUCAAUGGAUUUACCGUAUUUUUCCGUCUAUAAGAUGCCCCCAUGUAUAAGACGCCCCCCUAUUUUGGGGGACUCCGAUUUAAGAAAAUGGGGGGAGAUGUAUCCAUGUAUAAGAAGCCCCCAAAUUUUUGACAUUAAUUUUUAUGAAAAAAGCCUAGUCUUAUACACAGAAAAAUACGGUAUUUUCCUUAGGGAAUAAACUCGUCUCUGUUCUUAAAGAGAAUUUUGCAACUGGAACCAGAGAGAUGGAUUACGUUGUGAAACUUGCCUUCUGUGUAUUGGAUGGGAUGCUGUUGGCGCUCUUACAUUCAUGACAGAGCUUUUGAUCCAGCGGACAGCUUCACUAAUGGAAGAAGAUGGGAGGUGAUUCUUGCCCAUUCACCCUUUCCCUUCUAUCACCCCACACCACCUUCCACCCUGAUUUCCAAGGUCUGCAGAAUUGGCAAAAAAAUAUAUCUUCCCUUCCUCUUCCAUUAAUGGAGGCAUCUGCUGGAUCAAAAGCCCUUCUGUGAAUGCAAGGGCAUGAGUUGGAUUCCACCAUUUCUUUUUCGUUUGAACGAUGUUGUGUAAAUAUUUUUAUAUGUAUAUAUUUUUAAAUAUAUAUAUAUAUAUAUUUCAGGUCACUUCUUUGACUCAAGAGGUCUCUCAGUUGAGCAAGGACAUGAAGAAUGUGAUGCACCUCUUGGAAAACCUGGUCGUGGCACAGAAGUCCCCGGAGUUUUGCGCCGUGCACGGCGCAGCCGUGAGCCCCAACAUGGAAAGCUUACAGACUAGAAUGUCUUGGCCUCCACACCAGCCGUGUACGCAUAUGCAGGUUCCGAAUGUCACCUGUACCAAAGCGCAGCUCUGCCAUUCCAAUACGAUAGCCGGCAUCUGGAACAUGGAUGCGACCUCCGUAGGUAGCGGUCCGCCAAGAACUGAAUCCCACCUUCAAAAUUCUACGGGUGGCGAAUUCUAUUAUACGUCGAGCCUUGAACAUUCCCCCUCCCACUACCAUAUGAUCCAGAAGGAUCACCUGCAGUUUGUGAGUUGCACCUCUCCGCGUUCGGACACCACGUUGACUCCCCUCCAGUCCAUUUCAGCAACUCUUUCCUCCUCCAUGUGCUCUUCGUCGGAUACGUCCUUGCACCUUGUGUUGCCCAGCAGAUCCGAGGAAGGAAGCUUUAGUCAGGGAGCGGUCAGUUCGCUAAGCCUCGAGAACCUGCCAGGCUCUUGGGACCUGGAAGGAACUACGGCGACAGCAGCAGCGCAGACCUCAGAAGACUUUCCUCUGGAUGUCAUGAAAAGCACAGUGGAUAUUAAAGAUAGCAAAGCCAUAAACGUAUAA